AUGCAGAAGGUAAGUGGUACAAAGUUAUGCUUGUAGUUUUCUGAUUUGGUUAUGAAUGCUGUCUUGUAGAAUAAUCGAAACUAUAUUAGUGAUAUAUUAUCUUUAUUAGAUGUAGAGAUAGACGAUUGAAAUUUGUAUAAAUAGAUGUAGAGAGAAAAAAAAAACUCACAAGCUGACUGGUUAAUUGUUCUUCUGUAGAAUUAAAAUGUAUACACUUGUGGAAGAAAAAUAUAUUGAAUAACUUUCAUUGUAAGUAGCAUAUAUCUAUCAAUCACAGCAGUGGAUGUUUGUAAAAUGUGUGUGUCCCUAAAACAGUCUGUGCAGGUGAAUGUCGACUUACAAGGGUCUUUAGUAUAAUGAAAGAAAGGGGAAAAAAGGCCAUUUCUAUAGACCAGGGGUUAAAAAGAGUGUGUGAAUUUCAAACUGAUUUGUCAAGGAUAUGUUGCAUUAAGUACAAAUUGUAAACAUGCAGACAGUGUCUGUGUUUGCCUCCGUAUAAAAAGCCAUUGCCUCCUAAGUUAUUUUAGCACAGUGAUAAAAGACAAGUAGCUUAAGGAGACACAGUUGCUAGCGCAUUGUAUCAUGUGCAAAAAAACCCUGCUUAGAUCAGAUUUAUUAUAAAGUCCUGUCAGAUUUCCCAUCUUCCUGUAUCUUAUUGGCAUUAGCUGUGAUAAGUUUAUUAUCAGUUGAGGAGUAAAACACAAUUACUUUAAAUUUAACAUUUUCUACGAAAGCUACUGUUGUCAUCUUUUGUAUACACCAGUGAUGACUAAUUGGGCUUAGCAGGACAUCAUGGGCAAAGUAGUUCACAGAUGCCAAGGUCUACCAUGGCUAGCAAGGUUUUCAAAAAUUCCGUCUUGCUCUUGAUAGAAGUUAAAACAUACUUACCAUUCCCUUGUAAUUCUGUCUAGCAGCACCUUAAAGGACCACUAUAGUGCCAGGAAAACAUACUCGUUUUCCUGGCACUAUAGUGCCCUGAGGGUGCCCCCACCCUCAGGGUCCCCCUCCCGCCCGGCUCUGGAAGGGGAAAGGGGUAAAAACUUACCUUUUUCCAGCGCUGGGCGGAGAGCUCUCCUCCUCCUCUCCGCCUCCGUUACGCCCCGCCGGCUGAAUGCGCACGCGCGGCAAGAGCUGCGCGCGCAUUCAGCCGGUCUCAUAGGAAAGCAUUUACAAUGCUUUCCUAUGGACGCUGGCGUGCUCUCACUGUGAUUUUCACAGUGAGAAGCACGCAAGCGCCUCUAGUGGAUGUCAAUGAGACAGCCACUAGGGGAUUAGGGGGAAGGCUUAACCCAUUCAUAAUUAUAGCAGUUUCUCUGAAACUGCUAUAAUUAUGAAAAAAUGGGUUAACCCUAGAAGGACCAGGCACCCAGACCACUUCAUUAAGCUGAAGUGGUCUGGGUGCCUAGAGUGGUCCUUUAAUUCCUGGUGUUGUUUGCCCAAGACAAUGAAUGUAUCUCAGAGAGCAGAGGUCCUUCAAUGACUUGGUAGAAUGAUGUCAUAUGACCAGGUCAUGCUACGUCAUUUCAGACAGUGAAGAAUGCAAUGCACGAGGUGAUAGUCCCAGGUUAGGGCUAGAGAAUGUGAAAGUGUUGCAAAACAAAUGGGCAUAGCACUCUCUAAUUUAAUAAGUGUCUAGAAUUAAUAUCUUAUCAGAGCUGUGAAACGCAGUUCUACCAGACGAAUUUGGACUGCAACGUGUACAAUUCUUGGUCCCUCUAGUAUUCCAAGAAUUUUGGAAGUUGUAUUCUUUAUUCUGGAUCUGUUGUGCUGGGUGUUUGACCUCCUCUUCCCCCCUCCCCCCGAUCUAAAUGGAAGGAGAACUUGUUAAAUAUAAGUAAUAUGUAAAUAAAAGUCAUCAAUUGCAAUAUAUUCAAUAUUAGCUUUUUAUUAUGCAGUUAAAAGAAAAAGGAAAUAAAAAAACUUUCCUCUAUAACAAAUUUAACAAAUAUGCAUUUGUGAGGUAUAAAAAAAUAAAAUUGAAUUUAGAGGCCUGCACUUCCAUCUUGGCUGCCGGUCAGUCAUUCUUAUAAACUCUACUAUUUUUUUAUUGUUAUAAGCUCUCCAUUGCACUUGGCAGUGAGCACAAAGAAAUAGUGUUUCUGUGUCUUCUCAUUUGCAUUGUGUGCCCUGACUGUGCCUGGAUUUAGCUGAAUUGUAAUGUCAUAUCGUACAUCUUUAAUGUAAUUUUAAAAGAGAAGCAUUUGAUUAGAUUGUUUCACUGGUUUAGAGGGAAUGCAGGCGCUCUGAGCUGGGGAGGGAGGGGAAAAAUGAAAAACAGACAAUUAAGCGCAUAAAUAUCUCUGGUUGUGCUGAAACUCUGCACAUACAGACUCCAACCACUAUGAUCAGAAGCAAAAGUGAUCAUGGUGGUUGGAGUAACCCUACAUGGACUGUAUGACAGAAAUCUACUGUCCCAUGAAUAUUUUUAAAGAUGCUGAUUUUAAAGGGACACUAUAGGCACCCAGACCACUUCAGCUCAUUGAAGUGGUCUGGGUGCAAUGAACCAACACGCUUAACCAUGGAAAGGUAAUUAUUGCAGUUUUUUUAUAAACUGCAAUAAUUACCUUUAUGGGGUAACACCUCCUCUAGUGGCCAAUGCAUGCGCAUUUGUUCUCACCCACCGGAUGACGUCGGUAGAAAAGGAGCGCAGGCGGACCCGAGCAAGCACCGGGGGACAUCGACGCUGGACCCAGGUAAGUGACUGAAUAUGUUUUUAACCCCUUCAGUACCGUGGGGUUGUAGGGAGGGGUUAAGCACUAUAGGUAGCUAUAGUGCAAGGAAAACAGCUUUGUUUUCCCAGCACUAUAGUGUCCCUUCAAAUAAGUAGGACAUUCCCUGUUAUCAUAGGUUUAAAAGAAGUAUAUGGUCAUGCUAGAACAAAUUGUCAUUCGUCUUUAAGGAUCAUUUGUCUUUCCGCAUGAGUGAUAGCCAUCCAUAAAUAUAGCUUUUUUUCAUUGUUCCAAAUUUCCCUAUAAUGUUGCAGGUUCUGUAACCUCCACAAACUGUUGGAACAAAGAAUUUGGCUUCAGGACUCUCAAAAACAAACCUGUUGACGUGGGAAUAAUGAAUAGAUAGUGAUAUUUCCCUGCGUAACACUUACUAAAAAACACCACUCCCCUUUAUUUAAAUGUAUAAAAAUAUCCUAAUAGUAUAAAUAUUCAAGCUUUUAAACAUUUUCUUUUCUUCCUGUCUUAAGUCAUUUUCUGGCAUCUGUUACGAACUGAUGUUUAGAAUGAAAAAAAAAAAAUACAGAAAAACAAAAAUGAAAUUUUGCCAACGCCAACUUAACCCUUCGAAUGCUUGGCAUUUGGUUGCGUUAUUUUUUACACCUGUGCUUGGCACCCAAAGGGUUGGUUUUUUUUGACACCUGUACAGAUGUCUCUCCUGCACACACUACUUCAGUUGUAGCUUCAGUUUGGUAAAUGCAAAUGUCGUAGCUUGAACAGUGCUAUUUUCCUUGAGAUGCAAAAAAGAUGCGUGGCAAGGAAAUCAGCGAGAGAGAGAAAAAACAAAUAGCUGCUGUUUCUUUUCGCAUUUGAAUAAAACUUAAUAUUUGAUUAAACAGAUUAAUUUGCAAAGAAACCCAGAAUGCAUUUCUCUACCAAAGGCUUGGUCUAGUAGCAUACAGGUGCAAUUUAACAAUCCUUAAAGAAGGAAGAAUACAAACAUGAAACCGGAACAAAGCACUUUGCGCACAAUGCCACAGGUUUACAAAUAGCAGAGUUUGUACAUGGUUGACCUCAACUCUCAUCACUCAUUGCCAACCCAGUUAACAAUGAUAUAAAUUCACAAGAGUAGUGGCAAUCGUUCCCGAUCCCAGGUUUAGACACCAAUAUGCAGAACAAAUCUUGUAGGUAUACAAAGUUAUUUUUAACACAAUCUUGCUUUGCACUUAGAAAGAUUCUAUAAGUGCCAGGAAUACAAAGCUGUAUUCCAGGCAGUAUAGCUCCCUCUGCCUCGUGCCACCCCAAUAAACCUUUUUUUUUUUUACUUACCUGAUUCCAGCACUGAUGUCCCUCUGCGCUGGGUCGCAGCUCCGCCUCCUCCGACGUCCUGGCAGACAGCCACUGGAGGCAGACUUUGUGCUGCAAUGUUUAACAUUGCAGCAUUAAGUGUAGAAGGUACUCUGCACCCAGACCACUUCAAUUAGCUGAAGUGGUCUGGGUGCCUAUAGUGUUCCUUUUAUAGUUUAACAUAAUUUUUACUGUGAUUGGAGAUUUAUGCACUAAAUAGUGAGUAAUAAUGAGUAGACAUCUGACCACAAAAUUUUUCCAAGAUCGUUGAACUAAAAAAACUCCAUAAAUAAGAAGAGAACCGCUUGCUACCUUAAUUAGUACGUAAUUACUAAGGUGUUAAUUCAGUACAGAGUGUAAUGGCAGCCUACUUGCUAUAAUGUAAAACCCAGUUUGGAGAUAUUUUUUUUCAACUAAGUUUUUUUUUAGCAUUCAUUGGAUGGGUUGUCUUCUCAUCUGUAACUCACUGUUUCGUUAACAAGCAACUACCUGCCCAUUUGUAUAGGUUGUUACUUUACGUUGUAACACUGAAAAGUGUUUACUACAAGCUGUCUUAUCUAUCUUAGCACAGCUAUUAUGAAGGCUAACCCUGACACAGCAGGUGUUUGUGGACUGCAUUUCCCACAAUUCUCAGCACAUUGCAAGAUUAAUACCUUCUUAACCCAUGUGCUGCGUAUUAGAGGUAAAAGUAUAGAUAUAGUUGAUGGGAAACUAAGUUACACUUUUCCCCUUCCCUCUCGGAAAAGAAUGUGUGAAUCUCACCUAAAAUACACUUAAAUAGGGAACAGAGUUUGUGCCUUCUUCAAUACUUGCCUGUAAGAAAAAAAACUAAAAAAAAAAAAAUAUAUAUAUAUAAAUCAACAUACAGGAGUCUUCACUUUUCACUUUCUGCCCAUGUGAAAAAAUAGGGGCUUGGACGUGGUGUGUGAGCCCCGAGUAAGUUGUCAAACCAUACUAAAACAUUUAAAAGUGUCUUUAUUUGAAUUAUUUUACCCCAAAAUGGCUACUUCACCUGACGUUCUCCAAGUUGGUUGAAUUAUGUACAACACAAUUGUAGUAUUUAGAUAUCUCAAUGUUUCCUAUACUUUGCCCCAUAUAACAGUUAACAUAUCUCUAAUACUCUUUAUACCUGCCCAAUAAAUACAUCAUAUUAGUCAAAUAAAGUGGGUAUCUGUCCCCUACUCGUCACAUGCCCUCUGGCAACACACGCCCCGAUACGUAUGCUUACCUUUUUUUUUCCCACCGUUGUUUAGUUAAGGCUAUAUUGUACUUUGUAAACAGACAACACAAGUCUCAGGUUGUUUGAACACUGCUUUAGGUUCAGCUGCAGUACACUGUUUCUCUGAUCUUUUAUGUUCCUGAGCAGAUGUCUUUCAUUAAUUUAUGGAUUUAUCAUCCUUUUUUUUUUUUACACCUGGCAGCUGUCUCAAGUUUCAGCAGUUUUUGUCUAUUUUGCAUUGCACAUAGAAUUGAAUGUCAUCUGUCUUCACAAAGCUAAGACUAGAAGAAUCAUGAUCUUCUAGGUUGGAAAUUGUUUGUGCACAUAGCACACUUAUAGUUGCCCCCCCCCCCACCCCCCUCACUCCUUAAUAUUUAUUUAUGCUCAUUUUCUUUCCUGGCCUUGAAUGGGGCUUAGCUUGUGUUCAGUACAGCUGUAUGUUUACCGAAUCUAUUCCAUCGUGACUCAUUGUACGUGUGCAAGUAUCCUAGAGACAGCCAGGGCUUUCUUGGAAGUUUAACAGUUGCCUUUUAAUGCUUCCACUUAAUAGGAAAAUAUGCCCAUUGGUCAGUUUAUGUUAACAAUAUUUAGAAGAAAAGGCAUGACCUAUCAGCAAGCUCAUAUAACAAUCAUUAAAAUUCGUAAUAAUAAGUGCUGUUAAAUAGAAGGAUGAAUGUGUCGUACAUUGACUAAUUCUUUUUCAAAAAAGACAGAUAAGAAUAUUAGGACAUCACAAAAACAACUACCGUGGUUCAUUGCAUUUGCAUCGUGCGAAACGCGUCUUAAUUCUGAUUUCUCAUCCAGUGUAAAAUCAAGUGGCAGUACUUUAUUUAGGUGUAGAAUCAUUCUCUAAAGCAAACUUUAUUAUUGGCACAUUAAUGUGCUGCUACAAUUUAUUGACAAUGGUUAGAAGAAAAAAAAGUAAAGGAAAGUUUGUUGAAGGUAAUUCCAAGAAAUUAUGGGAAUAAAAGAAGAAUUAUCUUAAAUUCGCAUUAGGUGCCUUUCUGUACCUUUGCAAAGGUCCCUGGAUUUAACGGAGUAAAUGACAGAUGCCAGUAUUUUUAUAACAAAUUAAUGUUAAAUUAUCCCCUAUAGAUAAAGAAACACUAUAGUGUUAGCAAUACAAAACAGUAUUUGCAAUGUGUGCCUGGACUGAACUGGGUUGUGAUGUAAUUUCCUUUUGUAUAACACAAGUUAUAGGUGAUUUUUAAGCUUUUCCCCUGUGAUCCAAAUAAAUGGAAGUCAAGAAUAGAUAAAUUUGUUUAUAUAAAUGAAUAAAUAUGUACAGAUAAAAGCACAACUACCAUGAUUUUUUUUUUCAGCUGCUGUAAAAAACAAAAUAUAUAUAUUUUUUUUGGGGGGUGAGCAAUUAAGAGUUAUAAAGAAAGAGAUCCACGUGCAUUAUUGAAUAAUACAAAACCAAAUAUAUAUUUUAUGCACAAGUUUUGACUUUCCUGCAACUCUUAUCAUACGAAAUAGGUGACAGCUUGGUGCUAUUAUUUCAUUUAUGCGUUUUGACAGAUGGUACUGGAGAGUAUAAUGCACUUUUAGACUCCUCUAUCAGUCUAAUGGAGGUAACCGAAGGUUCUUUCAAUUCUUCUCUUGGCACAAGAAGUAUGUCAGUGAAAUUAGCUCCUUUUGUAAUGAUUAAAUCUUCCAUGCUAAAAAAAAAAAGUAACUUUUUUUGGCUCUGUAAUAAACAUACACAUUUCCAACUUGUUUUCAUAAUUUUUCAGUAAACAGAUUUUCCAACACAAAAUUCUUAAUCAAGAUACUUAUAUAGAAACCUCUUAGUAUGUGUAUAUUUGUAUUACUCUUGCUUUAAAUACUUAAGUUAAAACCUCAUGUAUCAUUUAAUUAAGCUCACAUCACCGGAUUCCCUCCUGUCUCUCAGAAACCUUUUAAAGGACCACUAUAGGCACCCAGACCACUUCAGCACAAUGAAGUGGUCUGGGUGCCAGGUCCAUCUAGGAUUAACUCUGCCUGCUGUAAACAUAGCAGUUUCAAAGAAACUGUUAUGUUUACUUUAGGGUUAAUCCAGCCUCUAGUGGCUGUCUCAUUGACAGCCGCUAGAGGCGCUUCCGCGCUUAUCACAGUGAGAAGACGGCAGCGUUCAUAGGAAAGCAUUGAUAAUGCUUUCCUAUGGACUGGCUGAAUGCCGCGCAUGCAGCCCAUGAUGUCGGAAGGAGGAGGAGAGUCCCCAGCGCUGAGGGAGCACGGCACUGGAGAAAGGUGAGUGUUUAACCCCCUUCAGCCCGACGGGAGUGGGACCCUGAGGAUGGGGGCACCCUCAGGGCCCUAUAGUGCCAGGAAAACGAGUUUGUUUUCCUGGCACUAUAGUGGUCCUUUAACUGUCCUUAAGAUGCAACCUUUUAAUGUGGGUCUCUUCAUACCUGUUUUCUGAACACUACUCGUCCAGUUGAUUCAAAUUACCCUUUUUUCUUCGGCAAAACCAACAACAAAAUAUACAAAGUUAUUUACUAAACAUGGAAUCGUAGAAAAUUGUCAAGGGAAAAUCAGACAUAUAGACAUAUUAGAAAGGUUCUCUACCCUACUGUUUUUCAAAUUUUCCACUUAAAAUUUGCAAUCCAUUUCUCAGAAUUUGUGCAGUCCACAAAUUCUUCCUUGCUAAAUAUCACUGACUGUGUUUUGAAAGAACAGAAUGCAUUUUUAUUGUAUUACUGUUAUAACAGUUAUACUGUUACCUUAUAUUUUUACAGAAUUUAUUUUUCAGUACAUCUUACCUUUUCCCCUUUGCCUGUUGUACACAGUCCUGAGUGAUUUGGGGGGUAGUCAGCUCUAUCCAACCCAAGAUCACUUUCACAGAUUGUGAGAGUGAUCUUAGGUCGGUUAAUAAAUUACCCAGAAUCACUCUCACUGACUUACCUGGCUGCUGUGCAUUUACACUGUUCUUAUUUCUACAGAACGUGACCCUUAGGAGGGUUGUCCAUAUGUAUUUAAAGUGGAACUCAUCUGGAAAUAAGGCUGGGUUGCUAAAAAACAAAAAGCUUAGUUGAUAGUGACUUAACUAAACUGCUGAUAACUGCUGUUUUCAAAGCAAAAUGUUGAUUCCACAAAUCUCAUCCCCCACUUCAUCCAAAUUAUACAUUUGUAUUUAUUUAGAAAUGAUCACUUAAAUUCUCGUGGUCAUUAAAGGUGAAAAAGGACUGACAUGGUUUGUAAUUUUAGCUAGAACAAAAUAACCUGCAAGUCGACUUUAAAAAGCUCAGCUUUAAAAAGGCAUGUUAAACAUGUUUUCACGUGACAUUACAAUGUUUCUGUGCUGAAAUGAAAACAGUAUUAUAAUUGCGCUGAUUAUAAUGCUGAAUGUCAUUACAUUGGCAGGUUCAUUGCUGUGCCCGAUAUUGUAAUGAUGCAAUGCAUCCAGCACUGUAUAUUUCGAUAGGCUUAUGAGGGUUUCAGAGUUAGAGACUGUAGGGUUUAGAAGGACCUAUGGUUAGAGAAUAGCUUCCUUUGUAAACUGUAACACCUAUCACCCUGAUAUAUAUAUAUGGAUAGACAGAUAAAAAAAAUUAAUGGAUAGUCAUAUAUAUAUAUAUAUAUAUAUAUAUGACUAUCCAUUAAUUUUUUUUAUCUAUAUAUCUGUGUGUUUAUAUAUAUAUAUAUAUAUAUAUAUAUAUAUAUAAACACACAGAUAUAUAGAUAUAUAUACAUACAUAUAUAUAUAUGUAUGUAUAUAUAUAUAUAUAUACACUAUUUUUUUUAGAAUGCAAGUAGAAGCUGUUUGCAAUUUUAUAAAUGAUUAAUUUAGCACAAAGGACAUGUUGACCAUGUCUCAAAAAUGUGUGUAUUUUAAUACUAAGGUCAGUUUCAGAUUAUCUAAACUUGUUUGUGCAUAUAAAUAAAAGAUAGAAAUAUAUAUAUAUUUAUAUAAACUUUAAAAAAAAAUGAGCCAUAAUUGACCUUGGGGGCUGCAUUGAUUUUCACCCCAUGCAUCUUCAUUUCUGAUAAAUUAUAAAGCCAUUCAUUUGCCGAGGAAAUGGCAGGGCCAGCCUGCAGCACAGAUGUGCCCUAAGCGUACUAGCUUACAGCUUUUCAAAAUAUUGCCAAGAAGCAGGGUGGGGGGUUUAGAAGGCCUAGAACGCUAUGGUUAGUCCUGUGUUCUCUUGAGAGCUCUUUUUGGUUGCUUUUUUUAAACAGAAUUUAGAAGUACUGAUGUUUCCAUCUCAGACAAGCAACUGGGCAUGUAUUGAUCUGUUAAGCUAUCUGCAUAAGUUUACUACACAAAGAUAUUAUAUUAGUGUCAUAUAUACAAUUAAUUGUAACAAAUGUUUGUUAUAUUUUAUGUUUACAGUAUUGAUUGACCUAAUCCUAGAUUGCAGUAUUUUCAGUGAUGUGGAGGUAAAGUCAGGACAUUGGUUACAGCUCGCCUUUUGUGCAGAAAAUUAAAAAAAGAAAAAAAAAUUACUUUUCUUUGGGAAAAUUGGCAAAUGAAUUGCAAAAUUUAGGUCAAAAAUAGCUGAAUUGGUAAGCUAUUUCAAUUUGUAUAGUUUUGUCCCAAUUUUUUGCAAAUCCCAGGUCAAUUCUACACAAUUCUUAGUUCACUGGAUGAAUCUCCUAAGUGAUAGAAUAUCAUAGUUUGUGCCCAUAUCUACCUUAAUUGUGUUUAAUGCUAAAUUGUUGUUAAUGUUUUUAAUAUUAUUUUCACGCUAUUUUAACUCCCUUAAUAUCAUGAAGAGUUUUCCUUGACUAGCGCAAUUCUACAUGCAGGAGGGACUUUCUCCGAAUCACUUGAAAAAGGCCAAGCUAAUGUUUUUCUACACUCGGUAUCCAAGUUCAAACAUGCUAAAGACCUACUUCUCUGAUGUAAAGGUAAGACCUUUAAUAUAUAUUUUAUAAUAUUUUAUGUUUAACUCUGUGCAACUGAUAUCAACAAUAGCAUAGUCAGUUCUGUGAUUGUCACUUCCGUAUGCAUUUUGCUGACUUUUCUAAAAAAAAAUCCUGCUAAUUUAUAUUUGCUUUGCUAAAAUAUAUAAAGUCUUACUGCAAUUAAUCAUCCCUUUAAAUGUCAGUCUGUCUACAUCACACAGAUUAUGUAAAGGUAGGCCCCCAAGAGCCCUUGCACUGCAAUUAGAUCCUUCGACCCAGUGCUUAAAUUUUAGACAAUACUCAAAAUGAUGUACUGUGUUCUGCUUUUUUUUUAUGUUAACUUAUUUUUGUCUCUGACAACACAAUUCUAUUUUAUAACGUGUACUUGCAAGCAAAACAGAGCAGAACAGAUAAAAGCAUAACGUUGCUAAGUGAUCGUACUUUAUAGAUCAGUAUGCUUACAAAAAAAAAAUCAGUUGGACAAGAAAACUGUAUAGUAUUGUUUAUUUUAAUCCCCAUUGAGACACAUGAUCAUGCUUUUAAUUGUAUCAUCAUUGCCAUUUUCCCAUACUUAUGCUUACAUAAGCAAACUGUAGAAUCUCGCCCCUUUCUUUCUAAAGACAGCACAUUGACAUUCUGUGUGCACUAGUUGCUUAAAAACAAAAGUGAUGAUUGUCCCUUAUUUACAACUUAAUUUGUUGUUGAUGCCGUCUACGCAGAGCAUAAGGAGAAUGAAUAAAGUGACAGAUUCAGGCCACAUUAUUCAAAUGAGGAUAUGAAAGCUUUUGAUUUACAGCUGAAUUCUCCCUCAUUCUACACAAUAUUAGGCCCUCCUGUUUGUUAUUUUUUUUUUGUUUUGUUUUGUUUUUGACUUUUUUUUUCUUUUGUUCCUUUUUUUAAAAUUUGUUUUUUUUUGUUUUUUUUACACACAAGUAAUUAUUUCUUCACAUCGACUUGAUUCUGUUUUAAUACAUUUAAAGUUUUGUACAUCACGGCUGAGGAUUUUAAUUAUGCCAGGGAUACACAGCGUAUCAUUAUCUGUACAAGUCAGUAAACAUGGAAUUAUUUAAAAACAAACAACCAUUUGAGUUGAAGAUGCAGAGCAUUCGUUAAAACGGUUGAACGUUUGAGGGAUGAUUAUAAGACCCCUAGUGUUGUAUCGUCUAAUCAAUACUGCAUGUUAAAGAGUUUAUAUGCAGCUUUUGAAAUGGAACACAAAUAGCACUUCAUGUUAAUAAGUCUCAUUUUUGUUUGGCCGCUGGCAAAAAAAAUAUAAAAAGGAUCACAAGUAACACCUGCAGGUCACGUGUCUCGUCUUUAAUAGAACAAUGAAUAGUUCACCCUGGUGUUGUAAUUGCUGGCUUCUGAUAUGAUAUCUUACCUUUUUUAAAAUAGUUAUAAUUGUUUGCUAAUUUCUGAGUAAACGAGAUACAUAUACAGAUCAGUGCCAACAUAACAUUUAAAUUUUAGAUCUUCGUGGCUACAUAAAACCCCCUCUCUUAAGUUAUAAGACAGGGCUUUAGUUAGUACGGUCUGCUUAGUCCACCACUUCACCAUGCACAAUAAUGUUGAUGGUUCGUAACCUCGGUUUAUAGAAGACAAAAUGGUAUGAUAGUUUGAUACAGUGGUGGGAUAAGCACGAUGGUGCCACGUAGUAAGACUUAAUCCCUAUUUGUGCCAAUUUAUUUUAUUAUAUUUAUUAUUAAUAUAUUGGUUUUAUAGCGCCACCAUCUUCUGCUGCUUUGGUAUUUAGAAAUCAGGUGGGGGGAAGCAUAAACAAAAACCUUAGACCUUUUGUCCUAAUUUUGUGAUGUUGCAAGCCAGUGAUUUUUUACACAGUUAGAAGAACGCGUGUUAGCUAUGUAAACAGCCACUGUUUUAAAUAAGCUAGAUUUUUUUCCAUAGAGAAAAUGGGAUUUUUUUUUUCUUUUAAUAUUAAAGGACCAAUGCUCAAAUCAGUUGGUGGAUGUGGUAGAUGUACAGAAAAAGUAUCUGGCUCAUACAUCAGUAGGACUCAUACAAUUCUGAAUACAAAACAGAGACAGUGGCGAUAAAAUCAAUUACAAAAAAAUGUGGUGCAAGAUGCGGCAAUUAGAACUUGAUUUAGAUGUGGGUGUAAUUGCAAUUUUGUUGAUUUUAGUAGCCCUGCAAACUGUUGCCAGAAAUUGGAUGUGUGUGGAUCUUAACCCCUUCACUUUCAAGCACGUUAAAAUAUUACUGUAAUAUAUAUUUAAAACAUUGGAUGCAUAUACAUGUAGAAUCAAAGAGCAUUGUUGCACACACACACACACACAAACAUAUAUAUAUAUAGUUGCAGAGAAACGUAAAUUAUGUAAAUUUGCACAAUUUUAUUUGUUUUGUUCUUUUCAUUUAUUUCUUCAUCCUUUGCAGAAAUUGUAAGAGGAUAAAAUGUUUCAGAGACCAUAUGGUAUAUGGACAUGGUCUGAAGUAUUUGCAUAUGUGCAGAAAUAUUCUUUCUGUGUUACAGAAACAUAAGAAUAAUCAGAUACCCUGCUUAUGGGUGGUAGUAAAGAACCAAUAGAAUGGAAAAAUACCGUAUGUACUCGAGUAUAAGACAAGUUUUUCAGCACAUUUUUUGUGCUGAAAAAGCACCACUCAUCUUAUACUUGAGUCAAGGUCUGUAUUAUGGCAACUUACAUUGCCCUGCCUCAUUACAAGCCCGGCGGUCCUGUUGGGUUCUGGCAGCGAGCUGUUACUUACCUUUACAGCAGCUCCUGUCAGCUCCGUUCUGCUCACAGUGUAAGUCUUGCGACACCCGCGGCCGUCAGAGCGUGGCAACGCUCCGCGCGGCACGCAUACUGCGAAACUUACACUGUGAGCUGAACGGAGGUGAAGGGAGCUGACAGGAGCUGCUGUAAAGGUAAGUAACAGCUCGCUUCCAGCCCCCCAACUGAACAGCCAAUGCCACUGGACCACCAGGGAUUCACAUAGCCCUCCUCCCUGGCCAGGCAACAAGCAGGGAGGGGAGACAAAAAAAAAUAAUAAAUAUUAAAAUAAUUUAAAUAAUAAUAUUAAAAAAAAAAAUUAUAAUAAUAUUAAAAAAAAUAAUAAUAAUAAAAAUGCCCUCCCCCCACCCAGUUUACACACACUAUACAAACACACACACACUCUGCAUCAUAUACACACAGAGUGUGUGUGUAUAUAAUGCAGAGUGUGUGUUUGUAUGAGUAUGUGUAUAUAAUGCAGUGUGUGUGUGUAUAUAAUGCAGAGUGUGUGUUUGUAUGAAUGCAGUGUGUGUAUAUAAUGCAGAGUGUGUGUUUGUAUGAGUGUGUGUAUAUAAUGCAGAGUGUGUGUUUGUAUGAAUGCAGUGUGUAUAUAUAAUGCAGAGUGUGUGUUUGUAUGAGUGUGUGUGUAUAUAAUGCAGAGUGUGUGUUUGUAUGAGUGUGUGUGUAUAUAAUGCAGUGUGUGUAUAUAAUGAAUGCAGAGUGUGUGUAUAUAAUGCACACACUCUGCAUUACAUACACACACUGCAUUAUAUACACACACUGCAUUCAUACAAACACACACUCUGCAUUAAAUGCACACACACUCAUACAAACACAUACUCUGCAUUAUAUACACACACACUCAUACAAACACACACUCUGCAUUAUAUACACACACUCAUACAAACACACACACACACUCUGCAUUAUAUACACACACACUCAUACAAACACAUACUCUGCAUUAUAUACACACACUCAUACAAACACACACUCUGCAUUAUAUACACACACUCAUACAAACACACACACACUCUGAAUUAUAUACACACACACUCAUACAAACACACACACACUCUGCAUUAUAUACACACACACUCAUACAUACAAACACACACUGCAUUAUAUACACACACACUCAUACAAACACACACCGCAUUAUAUACACACACUGCAUUCAUACAAACACACACUCUGCAUUAUAUACACACACACUGCAUUAUAUACACAUACUCAUACAAACACACACUCUGCAUUAUAUACACAUACUCAUACACACUGCAUUAUAUACACACACACUGCAUUAUACACACACACACUGCAUUAUAUACACACACUCAUACACACUGCAUUAUAUCCACACACACUGCAUUAUAUACACAUACUCAUACAAACACACACUCUGCAUUAUAUACACACACUGCAUUCAUACAAACACACACUGCAUUCACACAAACACACACAUUCUGCAUUCAUUAUAUACAAACACUACACACAAACACACACACACACUGCAUUCAUUAUAUACACACACUGUAAAUAAAUAUUCAAUUAAUAUAAUUUUUUGGGGAUCUAAUUUUAUUUAGAAAUUUACCAGUAACUGCUGCAUUUCCCACCCAAGUCUUAUACUCGAGUCAAUAAGUUUUCCCAUUUUUUUGUGGUAAAGUUAGGGGCCUCGACUUAUAUUCGGGUCGUCUUAUACUCGAUUAUAUACGGUAAUGUGCAUAUGUGGCACAAUGCCCACAUACAGAAGGCAUAGUUUAAAGUAAUUAUUUGUAUUAUUCAAGGCUAUGCCACCUGCCGUAGCAGCUUACGAAAAUAUUGUUCUGUAUGAUUGACAUUUAAUCUUUCAAUCCUUCCUUCAACACCCCGGUGAAUGCAUUAAAAAGUUUGUAAUGAAAACUUUCUUACUGUAUGGGAGGAGGGAAGAGAUGUAUCCAGAACUGGCAGAGAAAUAUGUUUCUCUACUGUUUGAAAUAGAUUUGUGCAGCACUGUGGAAGGUAAGUGAGGCUUUAUUGUAUAAGUUUAGAAUAAAGGAACACUGUAGGCAUCAGAAUCAGUACAGUUUUAUGUAAUUUUCUGCAGGCUAGUGCAAACUCUACCUUUUGUGUCAGCCACUAGAGGGACUUCCUGGUUGAGGUCUUGCAAAGAUUGCAUGACAGACAGUCAGUGUCUCCUCACUCUGCAUUAAGACAUUGAAAUACUGCAAUUCCAUGAGGAGAUGCUGAUUGACACAGCACCUUGAUUGCCACUCAUGCAUGUUAGCCUCUAAAUGCUUCCCUAUGGGGAAGCAUUGGAUUGGCUGAGAUCAUCAGUAUUCAGGAUCUAAGCCAGUGGAGGCAGAGCAACUGCGGCAGGACCAGCAUAUCAGGGUAAAUAAGGUAAGUAUAUUUUAUUUACUCAUUACCCAAUAAUCUAAAUAGACAGUAAAACACUCUAGCGUUAGGAAUACAUGUUUGUAUUCCAAACCCUACAAUGUUUCUUAAAUAUUGCUUUGUAAUGGGGAAACUAAAAUAAAACCUGUAUUGUUAGUAUAAUUUUAUAGUGUUAAUCUGAAAAGUCUACUACAUUCACAAACUGAGAUUUAACAUACUUAACUACAACUCUUCUUUAGAAAUAACUGAGAAUCAAAAGAGAGUUUUCGUUAUAUUAAAUACAAUAAGAUGAGUUAAUUUAGAUUUUCCUAGUGACCAGUAAAUGCCAAACUUGAUUUCUAGAAAUGUCUCAUUCAUUGUCAGACAGCUCGCUGAUAAAGUGUUACUUUGUUCAAUUACAUAUUGCCAAGAUAUAGCAGCAGCAGUCAAAUAAGCAACAUAUAUAUAUAUUUGCAAAUUGGUAUUAAAAUAAGCAACAAUGUGUUCCUUUUUACUUUAUAUCUCUUACAUACACAUACUAUUGAUGCAGCUCAAAAAGGCACCGAAGAGUCUAUUUUCGUGAAUUAGAUACCAGCCAUUCAUUAGACUAUUUCCUGAUCGUCACAAAAUAGCAAUUUUGUUCAGUUUAUUAUGCUUGUGUUCUAUUGCGUUUGCCUCAUCAAUUUAUUAAAAAGGGAUAAGGCACAGAAACUGCACCGUUGAUGCUAUGAUAAGAUUAUAAAAAGGCACCCUUAACUUAAAGCAGAUGUCUGCUUUAAAAGCUUUAUUAAGUUUGUAUUCAGCUUAACAGAUUUGAUAGGGGCAUGGCCACCUGUUUUUUUGUCAGCUGUGAUUAGGACAGUAGUGUAGAAAGAAACAAACACUUAAAUUUAGCACAUGACCAAAAUGAUUAGUGCCUUUUAUUGACUUAUAAAUUGCCCAAAAUUGUGUCUGCAGUGCACACACACCUUGACAUGAUCCUCCAUUGUGUCAUACCCUAUUUUAUUUAUGUUACUUUCACUAAUAGCACAGUUCCACCUUCAGCAGGUGUGUUGAUUAAUUAAGCAAAAAAAAAAAAUCACAUUGGGGUCUAUUCACAAAACAGUGCAUUGAAAGCCCCCUUGCACCUUUCAGUAGAAAAUAACUGCUUUUUUCCCCCUGAUUCAUUCAGUUGCUUUGGCCAAGUCUAGUGCAUCGACCCACCUAUUUUUUUGUUGUCUUCGCUUGUUAUGAAAUCUUCAGAGUUGUAAGACAUUUUACUAUUGCUAACUUCAGAGUACAUACAUUGUUGUAGAAUACUAGAAUUUGAAAAAGGUUUCCGUACUAGUAUAAAAAAAACCCAGAUUGCAUCCUUUGUGUGGCAGCGCAAGUCCGUCUGCUGUUUGUUAGCAAAACAUAUGCUUGAAUGUAAAAUAAUGCGUGCAAUAUGAAAGCAGUGUUGGAAGAUCUUAUUAAACAUCUGAGCUAAUAAUGCUAUUGACUGAAAUAUACCCAUUUAAUAUAUUAGUAAUUAAUGUACAACUGGACCUAUAGAUUCAGGUAUUGGGGUAUACCCAGAGGACAAUACAGGUGUGUGUAUAUAGCAAGUAUUGUAUUGUAUUUUGCAGGUAUAGUGUCACUUCUGCAGUGCUUGCAACACUCUAUAACAUAUGGAUGCGAUUGUGGGUUGCCAUGCUAAUAGGACACUAUGUACAACGUAAAUUACAAGUCAUGAUUUGGUGCCCUUAGAUUUUAUUCAUGUGUGAUAUAGAAAAGCUGAUUCAAAUCGAAAACAUUCAAAAUAGCAAAAGAUUUCACAGUUUUCAUGUCAUAUAUGUCAACUGCUUCUUUAAUGUUGAGCUAGUUCAAGGAAAACUGUCCUAAAAAAGCAUAUAUUUUAUGCAUAUAAUGUAAUUGUUGGGGGGGAAAUAAAGCAUUUACAAAAACUUUCAGAAUUAUUUUCAAAACUUGAUACAAUUUUGCUUAGAAAACUGCAGAACUGUCAGUGCUAAGCAUUGUCCAAUCAAAUGACUCUCAUGGUUAGAGAAGUGGUUAUCUAGGUUCAGGACCCGGUCAGAAAACCUUACCAGUAAGUGUCCUUGGGUAAGACACCUAUCGAUAUAUAUAUCUUCCUACCUCAAAUCCUCAGAGAGUGUAAGCUCUUCUUCAAUUACCCCUUUUCUAUAAUUGAGAAGCCUCUGUGUUGGAGCCACAAGUGCGCAUGCGAUCGUGGCUUCCUAAUAAGCUUAUGGAGAAAGUCAGAUUGCCCAGUGCGCCUACACCCUCCAUUAGGUCUUUGGAGCUAUCGUAAGAAAAUCUCCCUGGCUGUCUAUUAAAAAAGCGUAACUUUCACUAACUGUUGCAAUACGAUACAUAAAGCACUUUAACGAGUUUUGAACAACUAGACUAGAGGUUCUUUACCCUGGGUCUGCCCCCCAAAAAUAGGUUUCCGUGUUAUUUUAUUAUGCGCCCAAUGAAUGUAGCAGAUUACAUUUGGCACUCACCUGCAUUUACUUGUAGACAGGUAUAAUUAUUCAUCAAGAAACCUUUGUGUAUUUGCAUGCUGAGCUUGAUGGGAUUAGAAAUCAACUCCUGGAUUUGCUCUUGGUCACUUACCUACCUAAAGACAAGAUAUAUUAUCUUAAAAUGGCAGUGCGUAAAAAGGAACUUGACCUAUAGAUAUAUAUAUCAUCAGUUAACCAGCUCUGAACAACCUGGUAGGUCUCAAUGCCUUUCCUGCAUUUUUCUUUUACCUUCUAAAAGAGGAACCUCUGUAAGAUGCAGCAGCAGAGGAGAUAACAGAAUUGAUUUCAUCCUUGUGUUCCAAUAAUUGUGCAGCUCUAGAAAGGACAUUGCUCUUUCCCUCAUCUGAUUUUGGCUUGUGGCUCUGCAGGUGUUAUCACCUCAAGGGUCAUGGCAGUCUUAAGAAGAUUUAGAAGCUUUGAAAAAUGUAUCGUUUUUUUUAUUUUUUUUAUUACCAGUGUCAAGGCCAGUAUAAAAAGCAUACACUUAGGUUAACUUUGAAUGCACAGAGUUUCAAUAAAACUAUUACUAUGGGAUGAUCAAGGUUCUAAGAAAAAAUGGUGAUAGGUAUUAAGUGCUAGAGUGUGAAUUAUUAGGUGGGGAUUUUUAAAAAUGUUUUUUAAUGCACAACUAUAUAAUAACUCACGUGACUUACUGCUCAAAACCAGUGGUACUAAUACUAAUAUGUGGACUACCAGUGGUCACAUUUACUUUCCCUGUGGUCCUCAGUCACAAACAUAAUGACACAGGCAGGUUUAUUCACUAAACGGUGAUUUGUCAGGAAUUCAAAGUAAAUAAAAGUUUUUUAGGUCAGAGUAGUCAAUUUGGAAACAUCCAGGUAUGUUUUAAAUUCUGGCUAAAAUACGAGUCCUUAGAGAAAAUGUUUGUGCAAGGCAGAACGUAGCAGCAGGCGAGAGCAAUUUUCUUAAUGAAAUUCCCAUGUUUAUUUUUAUCAAUGUUAAAGUGCCUCUGUCUUCAGAAUUGUAAUGGAGGCAUUUUAUAAAGGAUAAAAUUCCAUUUCGAAUUAGCACUAGCCCAAUUGCUUUCAGCAGAGAGAUACAGACUAUGGUGGUGCAUUCUGUGUGUAUUCAUGACAGUGAAUAUGUAAUCCCAUAAUGUCAUAUAAUAAAAUGCCUGCUAGGCAUUAUAGGAUUCCUUACUUUGGCUGACAUAAGCUCAAUGGCAGUAUUUAACUAGAAAGAGAGAUAGAUAGAUAGAUAGAUAGGUAGGUAGGUAGAUAGAUAGAUAGAUAGAUCAAUAGAUAGAUAAAUAGAUAAGAUUGGAAGAAUAAUUGUGCACAUAUUAACAGCAAUAACAAUAUUAAAGGACCACUAUAGUGCCAGGAAAGCAUACUCGUUUUCCUGGCACUAUAGUGCCCUGAGGGUGCCCCCACCCUCAGGGACCCCCUCCCGCCGGGCUCUGGGGGAGGAAGGGGUUAAACUUACCUCAUCCUCCAGCGCCGGGCGGGGGCUCUCCUCCUCCCAGGCUGAAUGUGCAUGCGCGGCAGGAGCCGCGCGCGCAUUCAGCCAGUCCAUAGGAAAGCAUUCACAAUGCUUUCCUAUGGACGCUGGCGUCUUCUCACUGUGAAAAUCACAGUGAGAAGCGCGGAAGCCCUCUAGUGGCUGUCACUGAGACAGCCACUAGAGGCUGGAUUAACCCAUUUAUAAACAUAGCAGUUUCUCUGAAAAAAGGGUUAAACCUAGCUGGACCUGGCACCCAGACCACUUCAUUAAGCUGAAGUGGUCUGGGUGCCUAUAGUGGUCCUUUAACCAGCAAGUCUAUGCACUAUUUCAUAUAAACUCAAUUUAUUUUAAAGUGGCCAAAUAAUCUUUAUAUGUUAUUAUCUCAGCACACCCUGGGGUUUGUAUAUCCUAAUAUUAUCAACACAUUAUCUCGUGAGGUAGAAUGUUUUGUUUUUCGGCGAAGAUGGAUGUUGGAAGUUUUCAUGUUGUGAUUGUUGUUUUGUUUUUUUUUUGUUUUUUUUGUUUUUUUUUGAUAAUUCAGUUUAUGGAGCUCCACUGGGUAUAGUUAGCCUUGACCUUAUUAGAGCUUAAAAGAAAGGCAUAGAGGGGUCAAGCAUAAAGAAUCAUUCCAUACAUUCAUAGAGUGUACAGACUGUAAUCUAAGCAGAAUGAAGUAUGGCCGGAGCAGAUUAUCCCCAUCUAUUAAAAAUGUUCUUAAAGCAGAUUUGUCAAAUUCAUUUAUAUUUAUUUUUUCCUAAGAGAAUAAUUCUAUUUGAUCAAGUUAUUAAAUAUCAACUACAUCUAUGUAUUUAUAUGACUGCAUGUACCAUUUAAAUAUUACAAGAAAUUAGUUGUGGGUGCAGCCAUCUUGGAGAUACAUAUUUGUUUUACCAUUUGCAAACAGUAUCUCACCUGUGUAAAAUUCACAAGAUGGCUACCGCAAUCCUGUGAUGAUAAUAGCCAAUCACUUUGUGAGGGGCAGAGCAGAAUGAAGCAUUUGAUGUCUUAAUGAUGUACUAUGGCAGGGGGGGAAAAAACAACAGAAGGUCAGGAACAGUGAAACGAUUCUAAUAAGUUUAAUUCAGAAAACAAACUGGGCAGAAUUAAAUGUAUCUAGCCAAGAUUUAGGCACUUUUGAGAAGUUGUAUGAUCAUGGAAUGAAAAUGGCUACCAGCAGAUCAACAUUUUGGGAGUAGGUCUUUAAUACUGUAACAGAUGUAUUAUGCAGUUUCCUUCCUUAAAUUAUGUAUUUCCCCCAUGAAAUUCAAGUUUGCACAUUUGCAUGGUCAGAUAAUGCCUUUAAGCAAGAAUUGAUGGCUUCCUCUAUGGGGUGUGCUACAGUAUGUAUUAGAUUUUCCACCCUGCUGUGUUUUGAAUCUGUCCCUCUAAUUAGAACCUAUGGAUUUUUCAGGCAACCUUGAACUGUGCAAAAGUCAUUGUGGGACUGGCUUUGCCUUAGGGUCCUCAGUAUGACAUCCGUGUUGUAAAACAUAAGUUAAGUAUGGCCCUCAAGAUCUGCCAUUUGAGCAGUAUUUGUGAGUCUCUGGAUAACUAGUUAAGUGUAUAUGUGUGAGUACAUGUUUUGUGUUCUUACCCUGUGUAUUAUAUAAUCCAGUUGAUACACAGAAAGUAUUAUAUGUACUAUACAUUCAGCUGCUAGUUUUGGUAAUUAUCGGUGUGUGGCUAUAGACAUAGAUCCAGCUGGGAUUUCACAGUUGUAAAAAUCUGCAGUAGGCAGAUCAUAUAAUAACAUAUGUAUCUGCAUUUUAAAGGGACAUUAUAAGCACCAAAACAACUUUUGCUUAAGGAAGCUGUUUUAGUAUAUAUAUAUAUAUAUAUAUAUAUAUAUAUAUAUAUAUAUAUAUAUAUAUAUAUAUAUAUCAUGCCCCUGCAAUUCUUUGCCAUGUAUGAGGUAAAUCACUUUGUUUAUGCAGUCCUAGGCACACCUCCCUGCAUGUGACCUACUCAGUCUCAUAGACAUUUCCUGUAAAGAGAUGUCUAAUGUUUAAACUUCCUUUUUGCACAGUGUGUUUUAAAUUGGAAUUGUUUUAAUCUCUUACUCUGCCAAUAGCCUGCUAUAGGAUGCAGUAUCUUGUGUGUGAUUAAAUGUAAUUAACAGAGCAGGAAAUAAACAUAUCUAAAGUAAACACACUGUACUGAUUGGAUUGAAAAUUAAACCAUUUUUUCAUGCCGGCUGUGUAUGUCAUAGCCGCGGGAGAUGUGGCUAGGGCUGCAUAAACUGAAACAAAAGUGAUUUAACUCCUAAAUGGCAGAGAAUCCAGCUGUGAGACUGCAGGGGCUUGAUCUAUACACUAAAACUGCCUCAUUAAGCUGAAGUUGUUUUGGUGCUUAGAGGAAUUACUUUAGUGAGCAUACCUAUAUAGCUAGCCAUUGCCUACAACAAAUGGUUUGUAUCAAGGUAGAGGAGAGCUGAUUUAUGUAUAAACUAAAAUAAGAAUAUGGAACUUUAAAGGACAUGGACAUAUCAAAGAACCCUUGCAUCAUUGAACUGUGCUGUUUAGAAACUCAGUUUAUCCGAUCUAGUUUUCACUAUCACUCUGCUUAUAGAUUCUAUUGGGACAGUAAUUCAGAAUUCUGAUCUAAUGAGGUCCAGAAUCUAGUGUCUGCUUUCCAGAAAGCUUGGUGAGGAGAAUCUGGACAUCAGUAAAAGACUAGUUUGUUCAAACCUACAUUCAGUACCUAGCAUCAGACUAUUUGGAUAGUCAGCAAUAUUCAGCCAUUCCGACAUUUUCUUUACAUUCCAAAAUCUUGUCGCCUGCCUUUCCAGAGGACUGACAGAUAAUAUGCAGUAUUGUAAAUUACAGACUUAAUAACUGUCUGUAAAUCUCAAGCUCUGAAUCGGAUUAUUAUUUCCAGUGCUAAAGAGAGUCUAGUGUAACCGUGGCUUCAUAGAACUGUUUAAAAAAGUGAUAUUUGUUCCCACACAGCCCUCAAAUCUAUUUGUGGCCAUUUUUGAUAAAGGUGCCAGAUGGAUUUCUUUUCUUCAUGCAUUUUCUAAGACUAGUUGUGGAAUAUUUGGGAAGUUCGGUUCCCCUAUGCUUAUAUUAAGGCAGUCCCAAUGUCCCGUGGGAAGCAUUAAUCAGCGACUCUAACACUGUUUAGACACAGGGGCUGCUUUCUUGUAGUGAUUAGUUUUUUUUGCACACUACAGAUGUCUUUGCUUGUCUUAAUAGAACAAUAGCCUUUUCUUCCCGCUUUAUCUAAAACGACAAAAGAGAUAAUAAACAAUUAGGAAAAUGAAACAAAAAUGCUCACACUUUGCAAGCCUGAGGUAAAAACAAAUAAAAUAAACAGCUUAGAAAAAAAGAUAAACAAAAAACAGAUGCGAUCAUUUAAAAUAAAAACAAUUUAUGUCACAAAUUUAGGUUUUAUAGUAUCUUUAUUGGUAAGUAAAACUGAAUUAUUUAAUUAGAGUUGUAUCUCUUAGUAAACUAUGAAUUUCAAACCACUGUAAAAUUAGUUGAAAAAAGUUAUGUAAGUCCUCCAACUGUGUAGCAAACUACUAAUAACUGAUUAAAAUAAAAAUAAAAAAAUCAAUUCACGUAGACUUGAACCUGAAGUGACACGAGACUUACUGCUGAUUGGCUGUCGUGUAGUUCAUUUGACAACAGACCUGGCCGUCAGCUGCAGUUGUUGUUGCAAAUUGAGCUUUUGGUAAUUUUAAUGCAUUUUGACUAUUUGUGGAUGGCACAAUUCCAGUGUCCAGUAUUGUCAUAAUGAAGAUAAAUGUUAAAUUUAUUUUAUUAAUUUGGCACUAACAUGGAACUCUGUUGUAAUCAGCAGCUUGUAUUAAUAGUCACUUAUGUUCUUUGAUAAAAAAUUUUUAUUUUAACUGAUUAUUAUAUUUAAAUAGCGCCAACAAAUUCCGUAGCGCUUUACAAUGGGUGGACUAGCAAACAUGUAAUUGUAACCAGACAAGUUUGAUGCACAGAAACAGAGGGGUUGAGGGCCCUGCUCAAUGAGCUUACAUACUAGAGGGAGUGAGGUAAAGUGACACAAAACGUAAGGGAAGUAUUAUGGAAGUAGAUUGGUGGAAUAGUAUUCAAUGAAGACUUAGUGUGGGGUUUUUCUUGGAGCCAUGAACAGUUUAAUUUAUAUGCUUUUGUGAAAAAGUGAGUUUUUAAUGAUUUUUUUGAAGGAGUGGAGAUGGGGUGAGCGUCUAACGGAGAAGGGAAGGAAGUUCCACAGGUACGAUGCAGCCCUAGAGAAGUCUUGGAUACGAGUAUCAGAGGUGGGAGUACAAACAGAGGAUAGACGGUAGAGCAUAGGGGCCUAGACGGGACAUACUUGUGUAUUAGGGAGGAUAGAUAGCUGGGAGUAGCAUUAUGUAGAGAUUUGAAAGCAAGAACCAGAAUUUUAUAUUGAGCCCUAUAUCUUACGGGAAGUCAAUGAAGAGACUGACAGAGGGGUGAGGCAUGAUAUCCAAUAUUAAGGAAUCUUGGGAAUAGUAGAAUGCAACAGGAGCACUCCCAAAACGUCAUGAAUUAAAAGCGAUGUAAAGGGUUAAAUAACCCUUUAUUUACUUACACAAUUCUAGCUCCAAGGUCCUUCAGUAUUGCGUCACAGUCUGCCUCUUCCAACGUCAGCUGAUGGUGGGGUAUGCACAUUAGGCCUUUCACUUUGUUAUCCUAUUGGGUUUUCUCUGAUGCUGGUCGCCUUCAUGCAAAACGUGAGAAGGUCCACCGUCGUUUUAUGGAGUCACACUCCGUGAAACUCCAGGAAAUGCUUCUAGUGGCUGUCUGGUAGACAGCCAUUAGAGGCAGCCUUAAUUCUGCAAUGUAAACAUUGCAAUUCUCUAAAACAUUGCAGGACUAAGGGGAACAUGAACAGUGCACCUAGACGACUUCAAUGAGAUGAAGUGGUCUGGGUGCCUAUAGUGUCACUUUAAACAACAAUAUUCAACAUUGGUCCUCUACCUAUUUUAAAGGGACACUCUGGACACCAAUACAACUUUAAUGCAUUUGAUAGAUUUUUACCACAUUAAUAUCCUGUAUUUUUUAGUUUUGGUACAAAAUAAAUAAAUAUUUUGCAGAAUGCUGCACCAUAAUUCUGUCUCCUUAGCCACACACCCAUAAUGCCAAAAAUACUUCCUUUUACAUGUACACAGUCUCAGUCCCAAUAGCACUGACUGAGCCAAUUUUACUCCACAAUCUGGCUGCAGGCAGUCAGAGAAACUAUGAACACAGGUUACUGUGCAGGUGACUUUGUAGUUCAGAUCAUUCAGUACUGUCACUGGCUGAGCUGUGUACAUACAUUUGAUAAGGAAGUAUUUUUCUGAAGUGAGGGGGCGGGACUAAGGAGGCAGGCUUAUGGUGCAGCAUUCUACAAAACAUUAUUUUUUGUGUGCAAAAAACAAGAUUUGAGCAUGCAAUAAUAAUGAAGUCAAAACCUAUUGAAUGCAUUAAAAUUGUAUUGAGCCUGGAGUGUCCCUUUAAAACAACAAUAACCUUGCAGAGGUGGAGAAUGGUGUAUGCUGUAGUCCAACAACCUCUGGGGGCAGCUUUAGACACCACUGCAGUUGGGCCUACUUUUUUGCAUCUUAUUUUUCUUUUACCCUUGUAAAAUUAUGCAGUGUUUACUUGCCAACUGCUGGUGUUACAGAUGGCUGCCCUAAGCAGCUUUCUGCGGCAAGAUGGGACUUUUAAGGUCAUCAAAGCUUUAAACAACCCUCAAAGUCCUUACAGAAAGAUCUAUUUAACACGCAGUUGAGGAGAGUGUUAUCCUUUGAGCUGUUACAUUUUGUCUUUUUGCCUGAUUCCAUGUUUGUGGAAUCUGUUACCUCUGCUCAUUCCUUUGCCUGGCAUAUUCCAUUCUAACAAAAAGCUUUAAAUCUCUCUUUAUGCCCCAUUGCUAAAUGAUGGCGUGCGCACUUACUUUUCUAGUCCUCAUUAGGUCAUUCAUAGCCAUUCUAGAAAAGAAAAAUACCCUUUCUAUUUUUUUCUUUUCUUUUUUUUUUUUUUUAUUCUCUACAAUACUCUUGUCCAUGUGAGACAAUGUCUUGUAACAAUGCAUGGGCCUAAUCUCCAUGUCAAAGCAAUUUUCAUUCCCCAGUGCACAGCCUGCUAUCAUUUUGUAAUGUUUUGUUUCUUAUUCUAAGAGAAUUAAAAAAGGAACAGUAAGCCGUCACGGGGGCCUGUAGUCCUUAUCUCAGUGUCUGGAAAUUUGGACAGUAUUUUUUACGGCUUCGAUAAAAUGGAAAGAACUCCAAGUUCAGCAGAUUGUAAUGGGUUUAAGUCCUAUUGAGAUCGACGACCAGGAGAUCAGAUAAAACGGGUUCUUCAGUUGUCUUUUUAAUCAGGUUCCCCGCAAGGCUGAAUAGACACAGAACAGACACACAGAGCAAAAAUAUAAUUCUUGGAUAGGUUAAAUACAUGUUUGAACUCUUGCAAGCAGAAGCGAUUUGAUGAUGACUUAAUAAUUUUCUGGUCAAUUAUCUGUAAGGACCCUUGCAACUGCAUGGCAAUUAUGAUGCAAGAUGGCCUUUUGGGAGAAACACCAGUCUCCCUGCUUCUGUUUCCUUAGAUUCUCUGUCAUGAAUUUCCAUUCACUUCAUUAUCUUUGUUAACAUAGAGACAACUUUCUGCGUAGUAAUUACAGCCCCAAUGCACACUUUAGCUGUCAUCCUGAUGGAGGUCUGCAUGUUCUCAUAGCCUAUGUUUGAUAAGUGUUCUUUGUUGAUUUUUGAUUAAUGUACAUCUUUCUGGAGCUCAGGGGAGUAAAUACUUGUGAUGACAAAAGGCAGAGGGACUUCAUAUCAGCUACAAUGAUAUAAAUCUAUUGAUUUAUUGGCAUUAGCUGGGCAGACAUGGGUUCCAUCAGUCCCUGCAAAUUAAAGAGGCUGCCACUUUGAAUUUGAUUCCAGUCAAUCGGAACAUUGACAAAGUCCACUUCCAUUUUUUUCUUUACAGACUUAGACUUAUUUUUAAAAAUGUUGGGGCGGUUUGCCUUCAUUGUUCACUUGCUUUAAAUCAAAGCUAGUAUCACGUCAUCUGGUCAGCAUUCUCAAGUAUGUCUAACUAUUUCACAAAACUUAGGAUAUCUUAUUAAAUAUAGAUUUUUAUUUUCUCUUUUGAAAUAAAGAGUACCUGCCCUGAUUUGUCUUGUUUCUGAAAUAAUUCUCUCUCUGAAAUAAUUCUCUCUGCAGACCCACUAAAGCUUCACUUAAUCUGUUUUAGAACUGCAUGGUCAUUAUAGUAUUGCAUUAUUUAAGAUUUGUUUUAAUAUCCUAAUAGUUGUUUGCCUCAUCUGUAAGAUGAGAAAAGCAUUGGUAUAGUUGGUCCUUAUGUUACUUCAGUGGAUCACCGAAUGUUGGCACAGGCAAAUCACAUUCAUUAGGCCGUAGGCAACUACUCGCAAAAAAAUUGUUUACUGUAGCAGCACUGCAAUGGAUUGGAGACCUAUAUGACAAUUGAAAGAGUUUAAUGACAGUUCUUUGCAGAAUUAGUUUUGUUAGAUAUUAAAUAAUGAUUGAAGAACGCUCUGCCAAGCUAAUGCAUUUUAUGUCUUUGUCAAAAAUGAUUAAGAACCCCUGGUCUAGUGUCUCAGGAAAAUUGUGUCACUCUUCUAACAUUCCCUGAAUAAAUCAAUUUUAAAGCUAUCUGUGCUCAUUUUAAUAUUAGAAAUUUUAGCCAUUGGUCAUACAUUAAAAUAGCGCAAGGAGGGUGUAUCUAAUAAACCUUAGUGUAACCUGUAUCAUUGGACCCUGCCUUAAGCUUGUGAUGAACGCGGCUCAUUUAAGCCAAGUAAAGGAUAUGUAUAGGGUUGGCACAUAUUGACAUGACAACAUAACUUUUCAGUAUAUUAGGCACUGGGUUUGGUAGCUACACUUUUUAAUUCAGGUGCGAUGUCAAGAAAUAGAUUGCUACUGUGUUUUGCCUUAGAGCAGUAGUUCCAAAACUAGUCCUCGUGCCUCCUUCCCCCCAAAAGCCAGUCCAGGAUUUAGGAAUUACUCAGUUGUGUCUAAGGUGCUUUUUUUUCUAAAAACCCCUUAGACAACUGGGUAAUUCCUAAAUCCUGCACUGGUAGGUGGGCGUGAGGACUGGUUUGGGGACCACUGCUCAGAAGUAGUCCAGCUCUCUUUUCUAGUAAGUACCACCCAUGCAUGAUGUGAUGCAACAACAUUGGCAAAUGUUUUGUUCCAAUAGUUGCAUCUACUUCUCUGUAAUCUUAUCAAAUGCCCAGUGUCACAAAUCAGAUAACAAGAUAUACCACUUGCUGCCUAGAACAUACUCUUCCUCAAACACUCAAAAAGGCAGUUAUUAUUACAAACUUGAUAUGGGAGGGGAAAAAAAAACACACUAGGUAGAGUUUCGUGGCUCUCGCAGUAGUAUAGAAUGUUGCUGUAAAUGCAAGUUCCAUUCAGUAAACGCCUAUGUAUUUAAAUGAAAGUGCCUAUAUUCCCCUUUUCCCAUUUUAACACUGCCCAUAUAGCACAAUGUUUUUGACUGUUGUUGAAAAGUAUAUGGCACAUGUCUUUUGGUUGGAAGAGUGUGGAGCUUUUCUAUGUUUUUCCCUUAGGCUGCUGGUCCAUGUGUCAUCCGCACUCCGGAGAUGUUUGUUGUUACCCCCCUGCACAGCACAGUAAAAUGGGGUUACAAAAAAAUGGCAAGCAAUGACUGUCAUCCAAAAAAAGAGGUACUGAGGGCUUUUCUUGUGAGUGCUAGAGGACCAGUAGUGUUAUCAUAGUCAUUUAUUUAUAAACGUAUAUAUCGCCACCAUCCACCAUUCUAAAAUGUAAAUUGACAGUGAAUGUUCUUGACCUGGAGUAAUCCAGCAAACUAUGCUUGCAGUGAGUGUGCCAGCGGAACUUACAUCACAUAUUUCUUUAACAGUAAAGUCACAACACAACACAGUAAUUAUGUAUCAUUUUAGAAGUAUUGAGGUUUUUUAUACUCUCUUAUCUAUAUUUGACUAUGGCAAGGAAGCAUUCUGACCCAAAUCCUCAAACACAACAAACACAAAGAUGGCUUUAUCAAAUAACGGAAUGAAAAGCUAUACUGACAUCAAUACAUUGUUUCACCUUUAUAGUACACUUUAUAGGUUUUUUCUGUUGUUUAUUUUUUAAUAAUUAUUAUUACAGAGUGAUAUUGAGAAUAGCUAAAUAAGUCUUCUGUCCUAGUCUCUGAUCAUUUAAAUGUGUUUUUUGUUUUUUAAACUUUUUGUAUAAUUACCCAAAAUUAUUCUCAUGGGACUAGACAUGGUGUUUUUUUUACCAAUAGUAAUAUAAUUUAUCACACAAUAAAUUCUGCAUUAGACUUUUUUCCAGUGACAAAUAACUUAUCAACCUGAUCUAGUAAGGCAUUGCUGCUACAAUAAACAAUAUAUCAAUAACUCAGUAGCCUAGAGUUUGAUGAAUAUGAUGUGCCUGUUUCAAGCAUUGGGAACCCACUAAAAUUGUCACAGUCCAGACCCAGGGGCUGAGAACCACUAGUUUAAAGUGAAUCUGUUAUGAAUAAUUUAACUUACAAUGGUUCCCAUAUACAUUGAAUACACCUUAUAUCACAUAGACACAUUUUCCUCCAGUCCAGCUCCGGUUUAUGGGUGUUACUCUUCAUGUAACACCCACCUCCUGGCCGUCCUCUGCUCCGCCUGCGGUCUACCUCUGUUUUUCCUUGAUUUGCCCUUCUUGGGACACAUCCCGAAGUAGGGCAAAUCUCAUCAGUGAUGUCGGUGUAGUGGCUUUGUUGCCAACAUCGAAACUGAGUUACAUUACGUCACUCAAUUCCUUUACCCACCAGCCAGUGCUAGAAGCACUAGGAGGCUAGGGAGUUUCCAUAGCAACCAAAGAGCCUUUGCUGUGGCUGAUAUGGGACCUGAGCAGAGGACAUCCAAUGGGAGGUCUUUUCUGCUUUCCCAUGCUAUUGACUGACAGCUGGGAGAAAAAUCUAUUUUUAAAAAGUUUUUUCUCCGAAUAUAUAAUCUAUAUAAAGUCUUAUGCUCAAUCGAAUGAGCAUCAGACUUUAUACCGAUUGUUUGGGGCACGACAGGUGCCAUUUAAAACAAACUGAAUCUCUAUUACACAAUGCAGCCAAUGGCAGUUUUUAACCAUAAAGAAAAAUAUGACCUGAUCUAAAGGUUAAACUCACCUGCCACAAGGCAAAACCAACCUCUUAGGUGACAAUUCAGUAAGACUCACCUAUGAGGUUUUUCCUUGACGUGGCAGGUGAAUUUCCCCUUAAUGCCCAUUGGAGUGAUUCUAAACAACCUCCUGUUGUCUAAAUGUGCGUAGGAAUUUUGCGUAGUGCGCAAGUAACUUUUUCAUUGUUUUUUUAUUGUAUGAAUAGGGGCUGAUGUGUACUAUACUAUAGUCGUUGCUGCAGCCCAGGAGUAGUGGGAGUUUGAGCGCAGGCCUUAAUUUUUAAUGGUUGUAUUUGCUUUUGCAUUACACAGCCAUGUUACCCUAUGCAGGGUAAUAAGUGUGUAGGGGUUUAGAGAAAUACCUCUCUCUGUCUCAUUAGAAAUUCUGCGUUUUAGUUUAAGGUAAAUUGUUAGUGUUUGACUCACCUCCAAGGUUUUGUCUUGACGUGGCAGGUAACCCAUUUAACCCCUUAAGGACACAUGAUGGAAAUAUUCCGUCAUGAUUCCCUUUUAUUCCAGAAGUUGUGUCCUUAAGGGGUUAAUAGCCUUUAAUGCCCAUUGGAGCCAUACUAAACAACCUCCAGUUAUUUAAAUGUGCAUAGCAAUCUGGGAUAGUGGGCAAAUAACUUUUCCUUUGGUUUUUAUUGUAUGUAUAGGGUUGAUGUGUACUAUAGUCAUUGCUGCCGCCCAGGAUUAGUGGGAGUUGGAGCACAGGGCUUAAUUUUGUAUGCUAGGAUUCAUUUAAGAGUAGUGUUGUUUUGUGCUGUGGAGAUCAUGCUCUAUAAAAAUUUCAUCUCAGGAGAGGAGAAUACAGUAAUGAUUGACACAUUUUUAGAUUAGAGGACCUAGUGGCUUUUCCUUGCACAUUUUAAAAAGUCUCAGCUACUCUGCUGUCAUAGGUCUAGUAACAGGGGCUCUAUAUUACUGUUUCAUAGUUAACACUGUAAUAGGAUGGACAAUGCCAUAUGCUUGCCCGUGUCACUGAUACACAUAUAAAUGUGAUAGGGGUGCAUUGUUUUUCACAAGUACGGUAUUAGCAGAGCUUAGAUCCUAAAAUAGUAAAUCCAAAUAUCUCCUGCUCUCAUUCCUGUAUUUUACUAGUUAUUUAAUUGGAUUUUGUGUUUGAUUUAGUUUCAUAUUCCAUUCCAUAUAUAAGUUAGAUCCCCACAUACAUAUACUGGGAUGGACGGAUGGCAUGGUUUGGAGUGGAUGAUAAAUAUAUUUUUUAUAAUGGAAAAUAAUGAGGUCCUAAUAACUGAACAGUUUUUAAUAUGCCAAAUGAUAUAGUUCAGCAGACAGUAGCAGUUUGUGUAAUAUGUUACAUGUGUAUCUAAAGUAGCCAAUGGGAGUACAUCCAGCAAUUACCCACUUAAAAACCAUUGUGAGUUCUGCCAGUCAGACUGACUUUAAACAUAUAAAGCUUCUGCUUCUGUAAUUAUUUGUUCCUGCGAUGUCACUAACUUAAACCAGCAAAUCCUAAAAUGUGGGAACUUUGUAUUUGUAUUGUAUUGUCCUUUUAUGUUACAAAUAGGCUUAAGUCAUAACAUUGUGUUCAACAGUAUUUGUAGAACAGAUAACACUAUAGUUUGAGAUGGGGCUGCAGAAAGGGUGGUUUUAUGGGGCAAUGAACAAUUAUAAAAAAAAAUACUAAAAAAGUAAAACUAAUUGUACCUAAUCUGUGACGGCCUUUGAUUGAAAAUGAAAUACAUAAAAUUAAACAUAGGUCUACAAAUGUGGAAAAAUUCUACUACUUUAACAUUACAUUAACCAGUUAGGGUUAUUUAAUGAACUAAGUAUUGUAUAUUUUUACCUCCACCAUCUCCUGAGCUGUGAAACAAAUGUUUAAAUAUGGAGGUCCAGAGGAUCCCCUGUACUCUUCACCCCCUAUUCCAGUGUGGCAUGAAUGAGAAGUUAAUAUUACAGCAGGUAGACAAAUUUGAGGACCUGCUUAAUGGUCACACCCUACCAUGAUAUGUAGUAACCGAGUAGCUUAACUCGGUUCCUUUUUUGGGGUCUAAAACACCUUUGUUGCAUUAUGGUCCACCCCUUCCUCUAAACAUAUGGAGUUAGAGAUUAAUAUAUAAAUAGGAGAUUCAGUUGGACCCUUUGUCCACCAUGAGGCAACCUAGGACUCCUUCCAAUGCCAUGUCAGGAUUAAAUAACUCCUGACCUAAUAAUAUAACUCAUUUCACAUAAUAUAACUUCUGAUUAAGGCCUCUGCUGUAGUUUGCUGCAAGGACAAUUGGAUUGGUUGGGUUGAUCCAACCAAUCAAAUUGCUGUUCUGCUCUGCACCGUAGCAAAUAUGGGUUAUAGUAAGGACACACUUAGGACCCAGUGGGGAUGUUCUUAAGGUAGAGAUGUUCCUUCUGAUUGAUCCACAGUUUUGCUUUUUACACGUAACCCUCAAAGUGUUACUAAAACCCCUUGUUAAUGCCUGGUUUUUAGUGUAGGUGUUGAUUGAUGUACGCAGGAUGUAAUUACUACAGAUAUAGACAGUGUGGACCGAUCAGUGCAUAGUCCCAAUGCAAAAUAUGUUCCCCUCUGUUUAUAAGUGGUUAAUUUUUUUUCUCAAGUUUAAUCUAUAUUACCAAUAACCAUUUCAUAUUCCAUUUGUGUUUAUUUUUUUUCUAAUCUUUUACAGUUCAACAGAUGCAUUACCUCCCAGCUCAUCAAGUGGUUUAGCAAUUUCCGCGAGUUUUACUACAUUCAGAUGGAAAAGUAUGCUCGGCAAGCCAUUAAUGAUGGGGUCACAAGUACUGAAGAACUGUGUAUAACACGAGACUGUGAGCUGUACAGAGCCUUGAAUAUGCACUACAAUAAAGCAAAUGACUUUGAGGUACGUUCACCACAUGCACAUUGUGACAAAAAACACUAGGUUGCCCCUGAGCUCAAAUUAAAAUCUGAAUUAAAAUACCCCAAAGUACACAUUUUUUACCUACGUUUUGUCAUUUUGGAUUUCGAAGUGAUGCAAUUUGGAUUUUAGUGAAUAGACAUCAGAAUGAAUUAUAUUUAAAUUAUGUUUUGUUCAAAAAAUGUUUAAGCAUAAAUUGGAUUAAAAUGAUAAUAAAUUAAGAUUAAAACACGGAGACAAGUUCGUAUAAGAAUGUAAAAGUUAUAAGAUGUGCCUGUUUACAUUUUGUUGCUGCGAGAAGUGUGUCAAUUUAGUGAAAGCCUCUAAGAUGACAAAGGAGAAAUAAAUACAAGUUUGAGCCAUUUUAAAUCAACGCUGUUUUUAGCAAUUCCGAAUACAGUGGGCGUACAGGGAAUGGUCACUGACCAGAAUAUCCACUUAUAAAUGAUAGCAGCCCAAUACAAGCUGUAAAGUUCUAACCUACUGGGACAAUCAACGUAAACUUAUAAAUUACUAAUUAUUGUCUUUAAAUGUUUUUAUGAAGUUUCCUUUUUAGUACUAUCUUAGUACCAAAGUUCUAAUAUUUAUUAGUUAUGGACUCUGAAUAGGUGAUUGUUGAGACUUUAAAUGAGAACUGUAAGCACCAUAACCACUGCAUCUUAUUAUAAUAGUUAUGGUGCAGGAGACUUGGUUUACAGUUCCUUCUUUUUGUAGCUCACUGAUCAGAUUUUGAUAUAUGAAAUGGAAGUGAAAGCCCCAUUUUCUGUGAAAUUCCUCACAAAUGGUAUGGCAACAAGUGGACAGAUGGUACACAAAGUGUCUUUGGUACAGAGUUUAUGGUGCUGAGAGUGUCCUUUUUAUAAUUAUGCACCAGGUAGUCUCCCAUGUUUUGUCAGCAGUAACAUAAUAACGAGCAGUGAAAUCUGUCACUUUAAUUAAUAGGGCCCUAAAAGGGAUUCUCCAGUUCCAGGAAAACAAACCCGUUUCCCUGGCACAAGACAAUCCUGGAGUGCCCCCCCUCCCGCCCCUCAUCGCAUGUUGUUGAAGGGGUUAAAACCCCUUCAGCUACUUACCUGAAUCCAGCGCUGAUGUCCCUUGGCACUAGGUCAGGCUCUGCCCACGCUACUGCCCCACCGGUGGGGGAGACCUAAUGUGUAUGCAACCAUGAGGUCGUCCAGCGUCAGAUAACGGACCAAAAGUCCAUUACGAAUCCAGAAGCGCCCCCAGUGGCUGUCUGUUAGACAGCCACAGAGGGCAGAAUUAGAGCUGCAAUGUAAAAAGUGCAAAAGGGACACCGCACCCAGACCACUUCAAUUAGCUGAAGUGGUCUGGGUGCCUACGGUGUCCCUUAAACUAGAAUUGUUUUUAUACAUAUCAGUACUUUUUAAUAAAACUAGCCAUCUCAUGGCAAAGCUUUGGACUAGAAAUUUGUCCUUGGUGCUUCCCUGUCAAUAGCAUAUAGAGCGUUUCACAAAGACUCCCGACAGUGACAUUACCACUGAGAAUCCGGUGGCCAUAGGGGGCAGGGGAAGUUGAGAUUACUCACCUGAACCUGUCGCUCAUGGGGUGCCAUCAUCCUUCUAGCUCUGCUCCUCUUCAACUUCUGGUGCUUCAGCCAGAAGCAUUGAGGUCUAUGGGGGAUUCCUAAAGACUGCAAUAUACUCUACAUGCAGAGCCAAUUCCUUGCAGCCAUUACUGGUGACGGCUAUCGGGAUUGACUCUUAGACUCUGUCCUGAAUCUAAGAAAGUCAGGAGGAGGAGAAAGUGACAAGAAAGUAAGUGCUGGUCAAGAAGGGAAUGCUUCUUCAUUAGGUGCAGAGGACAUUUCUAAAUUUUUGGGGAUUAGAAAAUAUUUGAGCAGAUUUUAGUACACUUUUUUUUUAAAUUAAUUAUGUUUUGUGAAUAUGUUUUUGCUUGUUUUCCCGUAUCAUACACUGUUAAGAGUCAUCCUAUACAUACACGAUUGUUAUAGGCUUGAUUGUUCAUGGUGGCUGCAAGUGCUGUCCUAAUCAUCUUUGUUCUCCUAAGCAGUUCUUUUGCAGAUAGAUAGAUAGAUACAUAGAUAGAUAGAUAGAUAGAUAGCUCAGUAGAUAGAUAGAUAGAUAGAUAGAUACAUAGAUACGUAGAUAGAUAGAUAUAUACAUAGAUAGAUAGAUAGCUCAAUAGAUAGAUAGAUAGAUAGAUAGAUAGCUCAAUAGAUAGAUAGAUACAUAGAUACGUAGAUAGAUAGAUAUAUACAUAGAUAGAUAGAUAGCUCAAUAGAUAGAUAGCUCAAUAGAUAGAUAGAUAUUGCUGUAUUUAUAUUCCUCUUGACACAUCUAUGUUGUGUCCCAAGUGGGUGCAGUAAAGUUUAUUUUUAACACAGAAUAAUGUGUUGUUUUUAUUUUACUUUUACAUCGAGAUAGACUAGAACCUUGGUUCCCUUUUCUUCUGCAGUUGGCAAGUUUGGUAUCCAUCAGGCAUGUCCAAUUCUGGUCAAUAGUAGGCUGGAAAUUCUGAUGAUAUAAUCCAUCAAAGAUAGGUUCAAGAUUGUAAAUGCCUAUUCUAUAUCAUUGUUGUCUAACUGGUGGCCUUCCUGCACCUCUCAAUGUAUAUAUGCAAGUGUUGCCUGAUAUAAAAAAAAAAUUUGUAUAAGGUGCCGCAGACUUUUUACAAUUUUGUUUGCAAUAUCAUUAAUUUUUUUUUUUUUUUUUUUUAAACCUGCAUUAAACCUUUGGUUGCUUGAGGUGAUCAUUGAGCAACCACUGGCACUUAAAGAGUUAAAGCUGAACAGCAGGUAAUGAUAAAAAUCACAAUAGGUAAAGAUGAAACUGGAUACAAAGGGUAUUUAGCGAAUUUAGCAUUUGCCAUAUUUAGCAUGCUAAGUGUCUUCCAGACACAGUGUGCUGAUCUUUCAAGGUGAUAAAGUAGACCUGUCAUACGCAAAUGUGUGGAGGGCAAAGUCAGUUUCGGGUAAAGUGCAAAACAUGUGCAGUAUGCCAACAGAAUGGCCAGUAUACACAAAGAUUAAAAUGUAUCCUUACCUGAAGGUUGCAUGAUUGGGGGUCACAGUGCGAUGCUGUGCCAGACAUCGUAGGAGAAUACAAAAUGAGCCACUGCUAUUGCAACUUGUUUAUGCUCUUUGUGACUGUUUUUACCCCAGCGUGCUUAUGAAAUGUACUUGACUUUGACUUCCACUUGUAAUACAGUUUAAGUGCUAUAGGUGAUUAAACAAUGAACUCGAUCCUAUCAUAAACCUUGUCAGUCACUUUCCCUCUUGCAUGCCCCUGCUCCAAGCAGUUAAAAGCACAGUCAAAUCUGAUGCUUAUGGCUUUGGCCCUGUCAUUUUAACUGUACCCUUAUUGUCAAUACCCAGCUGUGCUUACAACACCAUUAUACAAUGGUUUACAUUGUUAUCCCUUAAUUAUCCAAAUUCCACAUGAACUCGCCCUUGCUUAGAUUUCCAUGUUGACCCAUGGGUUGGAAAAAUAUUGCUAAAUAAUUCAAAAUGCAAGUGAAAGUUAAAAAGAGCAAAUGCAUAGGUCUCCUUAGCAUACCAUACCUUUCGAAACAGUGUUAUGUGUCUAUUUGGAAGAUCCAUGUGUCCCUUGGGGAGGAAGUCAGGGAACAAUCUCUGUGCUGCUCUACAUGCCAUUGAGUAAGGUAGAGAUGCAAAGCUGAAUUAUCAACGUUUCAGCAAUUCGCUUAGAUCUGUAACAUCCUAAAUUCAGUUUCCACAGGGUGUCACUGGGGUUCAGAUGUAUUAAAACAGAGAAUAAUUAAGAAGUAUUAAAAUAGUUCACUGAGACUAAUAUUCAUAUCCUAUUUUAAUAAACACAAGCAAUUGGAAAAUGUGGAUCACCUACUGACAUAUGUUAUGUUUUUGAACUAUAUUCCAUAGUGAAACUUUUGUUGUAGAAAUUGGUAUUAAGCGGUUUAUUUCAAUUUGGCCAAAAUGUCUGAGUUUUUUUUUUUUGUUUUUUUUUAAAUAUUCAGAUUCCUUUGUAGUUAUAAGACCUGAUGAGUUGAAAAAGCUAUAUGUAUUAUGACAGAAUAGGCUACGAGACAGUGCUUCAGGAAAUAUAGUUUAUAAGAGAAGAGAAGCCCUAAAGAUUCUUGGUCUCAAUUCUGUUUACAGGCCUCCACUUAUGGUGGGACAGUCCUGGUUUCAGGGUCCUUUCCGUCAUCCCAGUUCCCUGGUGUCCACAUCUGUGGACACCAAGGAACUGUCCCCAGACAGCACAGCACGAGCAUAUCAUUGGACACGUGAGCCAUGUGAAGCGGACAAUAGGACCCUACAUGGUCCUGAAGACUGGGGGCGGCCCAUGUGGGUAUUGCUAGUGACGUGAGUCACAUCACUGGUGACACCCUCUCAGGGCCCCACCCACUUCAUCCUAAUUACCCAGUCAGCAUUGUUGUGAGGUAUGUGUUCAAGUUUGUUAAAUUGUGCUAAAUAUGGUCAUUGGCACAUAAUGUUUUUCUGGUAGAAAAUGGUCCAGAAAGAUUGCUAAAUAUGUUGUGUAACCCAGUGUUUCUCAACCUUUUACAAGGCGUACCUCUGCAGGUUUUAAAAAUAAAUCCCAAGUAUCCCUGCCUCGAGAAAGUAAUUUCAAUUGAUUUAGAUGCCAAAUGAAACAUGUAGACACUGAUAUUUAAAUUAAUCCCAUAUUGAAGAACAAGCCUGAUUAAAAAUAGUAGAUAAUAUUUACACACAGAGAAAGCUGACAAAUAUAUAUCACAAAUAUAUAGCUUUGGCACAGAAUAUAGAAGACUAAAUCAGAAAACAGAACCUAAUUUUUUAUGUGUUUGAAAAUAAAAGUAAUCCUCAAUUUUUUCGAUACUUUGGAUUCCUGCGCAAUUAAUAGAUACCUUGUAUAAUGCCUACAUUAUAUCACCACUGCUCAAGCUAUCCUUUUAUCUCUCCAUUAGGGUAAAAAUUCAACAACAGGAUAUGUCACCAAGCACCAGUGUGGUUCUGUGGAUACCAACCCUCCUUUAUCUGUAACAAUUUGGAAUUUUGGAGGGAGUCAAGUACAAACUAGUGUAAAUAAAUGUAAUUGAGUGCAUUUGCUAUAGAUUUUCCCAGUGUUUGCAGAUUGCCUAAAUUAUAUGGUUUGGUAAUUACUUACUGUAUUUUAGACACCCUGAACUCACGUUGUCCCUAUAUAUGCAAAUAUUGACUGGCAGGCAGAAAGCUUCCCUUUGCAUCUAAAACCAACCAAGGUCCGUGUGAGACUGGCCUUGCCCCCAAACUUGUCCUUCUCAACCUCAAAGGACCCAAUGCGUGGGUGGCCUCUGCAGAUGUCGUCAUCGUGCCAGAGACUGCCAGGGCGAGCUUGGAAAAGGCAAUGCAUGCACCUGUCGCCCCACAGGUGAGGAAGCUACCCAAUUAUGGAGAAUUUGGCAGCAAUUGGAGACUGCCCAACUCGCCUAAUUAGACAUUCACCAGUGCGCUCAUUGUGAAUGAUGGCAGGGCCAGUCUGGGACUAUUUUGAGGUUGAGAAACCAGGGUGUAACCAAACAAUUGGUUUACUUUUUUUUUAGCUAAUGCUUAGGAAUCCUUUGGAAUUAAAUUUGAAAUUUCAAGUAUUUUGUGUUUUUUUGCUACAUGGCAAAUUGCUGCACAGUGAAAAAUAACACAUCUCCUUAACACGAAAACAUUCCAUAUACAUUGACACAAAAUAAAACAGUUACAGAGUUAUUGCUUUAAUCCUAGUAUAUUGGGUUCUUAGAGCACUUUACAAAAUUCCAAUCCACUAAACUGUUCACAUGUUUUUGAAUUCAUUGUGGAGACACUGCUGUCAAUAACUUCUUGGGGGAAAUAAGACAAAAUGUGUGGCACACUUAAGUUCCACUUCUAACUGCUGUCAGUUGAGUUGCCACAUCCAAAUUGACCAUUCUGAAUAUUAAAAAGAAAGUUGAAAUUUGUCCUGAAUAAAACCGGAUUCAUCUCCGUACACCCACGGGUGUAAAUUCUAUGUCGUUACCCAAGAAUCAUAAACACGAAUUUGUAUGAAGGGAAAAAAACAUCUAAGUCUACUUCUGUAACAGGUAAGCAGUGUUCUGUGCACUUCGCAGUUUCCUCCUCCUACGGCCUGAGAGUUCAGAUUUACGUAUUAUCGUAACAUGACUGCAGGAAGACACUUUGUAGGAAAGCCUCCCAUUAUUCACCAUAAUUAUCCCUUUAUAACACUUCCUCUUUGUGCCAUAGAUGUUCGCCAGUGUAAUAAAGUAGGCAAAGUGGUUUGUAAUCUUUGUUUUAAUGUCAGUCAUUACAUUUGUGGUUCCCUCUUGUCUGUUUGUCAUUGGUUUCCAUUGAAGAUCUGUGAGAGCUACUUUAAAUCUCCUUACUCAACAUCUCUAUUAGUCCUAGCAUAUCGUGACCUUUUUUCUACAUCCUUAAAGAAAAAGAUACAGUGUACCGUUGCUUUACUUUUCUUAUUGUUCUUUGUUGAAACGAACAAAGCAUUUGCUACAGUGGCUAUAGCACAUAAUUAUACAGCUUUCAAUAACAGUGUCUUGGCACAUAUCAAAGUUCAGAAGAGCCUUUGGAAAAAAAAGAUGUUUUGUGGCAGCCUAGGGAGGGUCUCAUCUUUCCUUCAGAAAAUAGUUCAAGGCUCUUCUGUCAAGCUUCCCUACUUAGAGCUUUUUCUCCUCCUGCUUCAUAAAGUUUAAAGGGGAUUCAGUGCAGUUCUGUGAUCUAUUGCCUUUGAAAGAUUGUGCACAGAGAGGUCCUUUGACUUCAAGAGUUCACAGAUUCAUGUCUUUAGGUAUCAUAUGUCUGACCUUAUCAGUUACUCCAUUUAAUGUAGGAGAAAAGUCUAAACUCUUUGUGUUUGUCUGUUUUGCAUCUGUGAAAUGAUUUGGUGAAAAGACCAUCCUUUUUAAUACGCCACAGAGAAGCCAUUUCUGGCUGUAACCUACCCUGUGGAUCUUUUUUUUUUUUUUUUUUUUAAAGUCCUUGUGUUUUCUCUAUGGAUGAUUUCACAUUCCAAAUGGAAUUAUGCAAUAACAGCCCCAUACAAAACAAGACUUUCGCUUUAUGCCUCCCCACCCCGAUUCGACGUGUUAGCUAUUUCAGUGACUGUCUCGCUGUCGCCAAAGAAGGACAGCCAUUUAACAAUCCCAGAGCUCGGCUAGCAACUCAGGGCAGCCAGCAUGCUUUGCCUUGCUGUGACCUAGCCUUAGGGUCUCCGUAAUUAAUUGUCCUUCAGAGAUGAGGAGAGUUCAAAGACAGUGUGUGCUGCCAAUGUCCAUUGUCUGAAAUUCACAUCGGCCUUCAUUUCACAAAAGGUUAUCAAUAGGCGCAAGCGCAGGGUCCCUUUUGACAGCUGCCUGGGAAAAGAAUAAUUCGUUUUGGACAUUUACAGAUAGAGAAAAAUAAAUAGCUUCUGCACAAUAUAUUAAUAUUACAAGCAGGAAAGCCUAACUGUUGUUGAUUUAUAAGAUUUCAAGAAAUCCACUUAGCCUCCAGAGUAUUAAAUAAGGAAGGAAAAGGGGGAUAGGGGUGAAACCCAUAACUAUGCUAGAGCUAAUCGUCUUACUUAGUUUACGUUUUGUGAUUUUUGCUCUUUGAGAUUUCAUUUUUGACCCCAUCUACCCAAUUCUACCAAUUGCUAUGGUGGUAAAACGCUUGCUAGAAAGUGACAUUGUCUAGAGAGCUUUAUUUAUUUAUUUAUUUUAAUAUACACAGUAAGACUUUAAAAAAAUCUGCCACAUUUUUCAUUUGAAAUUUUUGUUUUUCAUUCAGUAAUAAUGCUGAACUUUGAACUGGCUUGAAAUAUUGUUAUUACAUAUUAUAAAACAUCAACAUACAACAUAUUGCUGUAUGAGUUAGGGGGUGUAGACAGAACAAAAUACUGACAUAUCAAUAGGAAAGGAGUGGAGGUACGUAGAAACCUAAUAAAAGCCACAUCAGGAGGAACUGAUUACUGGGUGCGACCAUGAAGCAUCUUUUAUGAGGCACAGAGAAGGGCAUUUUAUGCAAAUUAACUCAGUCUGAGUCUCUCAGAACGAAUGUGCACAACUGCACAGUGAAUUCCCUUUAAUGGGAAAUCAACCUCUGCAAGAGGAGUCACUAGAACUCUGUCAUGAUGGUGACUUAUACUCCUAACUGUGAGUUCAAAUGUCACUAGUCUAUCAGAGUUAUUCAUUACAGCGAUAAUUGUCAGGAAUUUCAAGUGUAUUUGAAAUGUUAGACCAAAAUAGCUGAGCUGGGAAAGUUCUCCAAAUCAGCAAUACUUCUUUUUGGCUACUUUGGCCUUAAAUGUGAAAUUCACUUUAACCCUGUAAGAUUUGUAUAUAAUUGGUUAAGAGAGGGUUAAAAACUGGCCAUGCUUUCUGCGUGUAAUGUUAAUAUUAGAAUGGUUUGUAAAUUAAGUGCUGUUUUUCAUUCCUGCCCAUUUAAAAAAAAAAAAAAAACAUCUUUUUAUAUAACUGGUUGGAAUUGUAAGAGAGAACAGAUUUAAAAACAUAAAGUAAAAUAUUUAAAAUAUAUUAAAAUAAUCUUCAAAAAAUAUGUAAAAUAUUACAGUAGUGUCAAACUUUGCAGGCCAUUUCUUAAAGUUUUGUGUAAUCAUAAUUAAAGUUCAGUUAUAGGAAAUAUAGAACAGGCACCCCUGUAUUAACAGAACAUACAGGCACUUUUAUGCUCGAUUGAUUAACCUCUUCAUGGGAGGCCUUCAUAACGGAAUUUGCAUAAUUUCUAAACUAAUUAAAGGGAAAAGGUUUUCAUAGCUCAGUAAUAAAUAGCAAUAAUCAUUUAGUAAAGUUUAGGGAAGGCUUAUUAUAUAGAUGUUAUAUAUUACAUAAUCGUCAGUGUAUUCAGUAAACUUUAAAUAAUGUAGAAUUGAAAAAUAAAUAGGUAAUAGAAUUUUGCAGUUCAUCUAUAUUCAUGUAAAUCGUGUGUUAAUAUAUACUGCGUUGUAUGUUUAUUAAUGUUGUGUAGCACAUGGUUUAGUUAAUUCUCCUUUACUGUGCUAACCAUGGGGGGCAAGGGGGCAUUUGCAAUUCCAUUUAGAAGAUGCUCAAAAGAAAAUGUCAUGGUUGCAUAUAGCAUUGAAUAGGGCAAUAAAAACACAGAGAGAUGAUAUUUUGCAAAUUAGCUGCUUAUAUUUCCACAUAAUACAAAGAGUUUCUAAGUGCGAUGUCAGCAGAGUGUGUAAAAUGUAUUUUACCGAGAGGCGCUUGGAAUGGUCCGUUAAACAGCAAACAGUCCCAAUUGUUCAUGCAACAGGUUCCCUGUACUUAAGAGGAAAUUGCAGAUAGCAUUGUACAUAGACACAGCUAAUACAGUAAUGCAAAAAAAGUCUCAUAAAAAAUUAAAGUUAUUCUUAUGAAUCUUUAAUUGGAAGCAAUGAAAAAGGACACGGGUGAAGCCAAGUGUUUUGUUUCAAGGUUCUCUUCGGAGUUGUGGGCUAUUGUUGUUUGCACUUUCUCGGGCUGACAUUCACUUUAAAACUGACAUCAGUCACUUAUGACACAGACAGCUGCCCUGACACAAACACCUAACGCAUUCAGGGAAAGCUGUCGUUAGGUAAUAAGGCCCAUUUAACACUUUCCAGAUCGCCUCUGCCGUUUAACCCCUUCAGGACAAGGAGCUAAGGAAAUCCUUUUCAUAACAUGACAAUCUGUUGUUGUUGUUAUUAUUAUUUAGAAAGCACCAACAAAUUCUGAAGUGCUGUACAAUAAAUAUCAUAGCAUAGUGUUAUGUUAUCUGUUAACCCCAUCAGUUUACAAAGAAUGUAUGGAGGGUUACUUGUGAGUCAGACAUUUUUUUUUCUCCAAAAUCAGCCAGUGACACAGAUUUCGAAAUUUGGUUUGCAAUUUACUAUUUAGUGACUAAAUAAUAAUCUACAGAGAAAUCUAUUUUGACUUAAAAACCUGCAACACAUCCUUGGUUUAGUUAAAAAGCUGCGGGUUUAUUUACUAAACGAUGAAUUGAAAAAAUAUACAUAGGCCUAAAUUACUGGUGGAGAACAAAGAUCCAACUCAAAAUUAAAGUAGCCAAGCAGUGACUAUAGCAAAGUUAGUGUUUCCAUUUUGUUUUUGGUAGUUUUUUUCCUGAAUUAACUAUUUUGGUCUAAAUUUUGCAGUUCAGUUUCCAUCUUACUACAAUGAAUAGUUCAUGAACAAACUGUAUUCAACCCCAGGAGGUUUUACUACUAAACAAUAUGAUUAAUUCAGUAAAGCUUUUUUUGUGUGUGGCGAAUUAACUGAGAAUUGCUAAUUUGAGGUUAAAAUAGGUGAGUUUGAGAAAUGUUCCAGUUUUUCUGUUUUAUCUCAUAAAUAUUUCUCCAGUACUCUCAGUAUAUUAAAUAAACCCCAAUGAGUUGCAGGGGGGGGGCUAGAACAGAAUUUAGGCUUAGAACAAGUAAUGGCGGUAUCAGAAGGGAAAAGGUCCGUACAGGCGCGUAUUAACACAACAUUAAUGUAACAAGCCAUUGGAAUGUUUGCAGCGAAAUGGAUUGUUAGAAAAAAAACUAUUUGUCUCUUUGUUGUAUUUAAGAGUAGAUACCAACAAGAAAUUUAUUUUUGUCCUCUAUGUCCAUGCCUGCAGUGGAAUCCGGUAAAGAAAGCUCUCCCAUUUCACCUUGUGUACAGUCUGGUCUGUGACACUGAUUCUGAUUAUGUCAUUAUUUUACUCCUGGGGCCUUGGCACAUCUGCAGAACCGAUGCACAUCUCCUUUGUUACCCUGGCAUACGUCCCAUAUCACCAAUGCUUCAUUAGCCUUUGUGACUGCCUUCUUGCCAGACAAGAAUGCCCAAAUCUAAGCUCCUUUUGUGUAUGCUUGUUCAUUUAUUCAUCUUUGCAUUUCUUGUGCUUUUUUAUCUUCUUUCAUUUCUAAAGAGCAGAUGUCUGGGGCCCCUCUUCAUAUCUCCUGGAAGUCACAUAAGGAGAAACAAAGUGACUCUUUAACCCCUGUGGGACCGUGGUGACCGACUAUGACCUUUACCCUAGGUUUUACCCCUCGUCAACUUAACAAAAAACAUUGUAUAUCUUUAGUGCAUGUAAAAUAUAUACAGUAAAUCUGUGGUUAAUAUCAUUAUUUACGUCUUUGUUGCAUGAUAAUAUAGGCUGGUGUGGAUGUCUGGGGCGUUUGGAUUUUAUUAUUUCUUUGUUUGUUAUUUUGUUGUGUUGGUUUUUUUGUUGUGUUUUGAAAGUAAAUGAAAAGUUGAAUGCUAAACGCAUGACACUCGAGUCAUUUGGGAAUAUAUUUUUUUUCAGUCACAUGCAAAAAAUAUUUUUUUCCAGAACUAGCCUUAUCUCUUUAAAGUAUGUUUGUCCAGCUUUGUACUAAAUGUGGGCAGAAUGUUUGAAGGCCACAUAGCUUUGAAACCUUGGUUGCAACACCAUGACCCCUUUAGAAACCUAUUUUAUCUAAAGGAGAAAACUCCAGUUCUGUUUGUCAAACUAUCUGCCCAGUCGGUUUAUCUUGUAAUAGAAUUACAGCUCACAGACUAUUGAUUUUGUUAAAUUAAUGUCUAAAGAAUGCUACUGAAUUUAGACUAACAACCCUACUUGUUUUGUGUCACACAAAGUUGUGUAUAAAGGCAUUGUUUAUGGCCUGAUAGUAAUAGACACGAAACGCUUACUGAGAGCUACAGCUGGACUUUCAGUUUACUCGUAAUAAAGAUCACUUCUUCAAUAAUGCAAAUAUUGUCUGGGAUAGGCCACAUGUUCACAUAUAUAAGCAUUGUGUCUUUUCUCUUCCCAAAAUUCCAAGAAUAAGCAUUAUAAAAAGAACAACAGAAUAUUAUGUUGACAAGUGACUGCAGAGAAUUCUAUGGGUCAUUGUCGUGUUAUUCAAGUUGAAUGCAUCUUAAGCGUUUGUCUAUACCUCUACUUCUGUAGAAACAUAGAAUGUAUGUAGUGCUUUACUAUAGAGGCAGAAUAAUAGCAGGGAAUGAAUACACACAAUGAGAUAUUAUUCUGUAAGAGCAGAGGAAGACUUCCAUUGCAAAGCCUGUAUGUUUACAGUUUAAGUAGGUUGUGAGGUAUGCGGUCUUGUUUGGGGUGAACUUCGUUGAUGAGGUGGCAGUGAGUGUCUUCUGCAUGUUUGCAUGUCCACCCUUCUUCGGUGUCAUCAGAGCAAUGUCGGAUAUGAGGAUUCUGCAACCAGACUUUAGAAUUCUAUGUAGUCACGUUAAGAUUAGACUAGAAGCACUGAGAAUCAGGGCCAAGCCUACAGUGUUCCGAGGCAUACAGUCACGAUUCAAGCGUGCUUGUCACUGUAGUGCCAAUAAAAUUGUCACGUAAGUGCAUACAUUGUUGUGAGUUAAGAACUAUUCUUUAAAGAGAACCUGUAGUCCCAAAAAUAAUCGUUCUUGUUUUUUCACGACUAAAAGUUCCCUGCCAGUACAGUGACCUUUGUCUACCCACUUUUUAAUCGAAAGAGCGAGCUUAACAUAUUUUACUGACCUUGGUUCCAGCGCCAAGUCGGCGUCAUUGCAGCACAUGCUUUGCCUCCUUUUUUCUCAUCUAGUGUGCUGACAUCCACCGUCUUCUCGUCCAAUUCAGUGCUUCUCAUAGAGAAGCAUUAUGAAUAAGAAGCACAUGCAUCGCAAGCACCGUGCUCCCCUAAUCAAAUGCUCUCUAUGAGAAGCAUUGAUUAAAGAACCAAGUCUAAAUAGGUUAUAGUGUAGGAAAUGCUUCUAGUGGCUUUGAGCAAGAAAGACACUAGUGUUUAACCCAUCAAUGUUUACUGUUGCGGGGCUAAAGUUACAGGGCCACUGCCCCCAGACACUUUAUGGAGAUGAAGUGGUCUGGGUGCCUAUUGUGGUACUUAUAUUAUUUAGGUUUCACUGUGAGAGAAUGUUUGGGGUUUUUUUGGACUUGUUAUGAAGAGUCGUAGCUGACGUUCUCUCACAAGAGCUGAGUUAGAUGGUCCCCUUUUUACCUGCGUGGGAUAAUAUUAGGGCAAUGUCUUGUGUUUUCCUAUGUGGUAUGAGAGCUUAUGAGUGCCGUGAAAAAUUGGCAGACUUUAGAGGGGAACUGUGAAUGGAAAACACGUGUGGAAUGCAUUGUGGUCAAAAAAAUGCAACAUUGUUUUAUAUUUCCCAUCAUGCCUCUUAUAUACCAAAAAGACUGCUAUUUUAUGUAACAGGAAAGACCUAAGAAUAAUCCAGGACGCAGUUAAAUAGUGACAUUAGGUAUAGUUUUCACUCUUUUUUUCAAAGGACUUUCCAGGUCCUCUGCUGGCAAGUCCAAUAGAAGAAAACAUUGUCCCAGCUAUCAGUAGAAAGGUUUCUUCUCAGUCAAUAUUUACUUAACAAACAGCAGGGGUAGUUGAGUUUGUGCAGAGGCAUCAUGUGCGCAAACAGGUGAAUGAAUUCUCGGUAAAGGUACUUGAACUGUUUGUCUCCUUUCCUCUUUUUCUUUUCUUUUUUUUUUCUUCCUAUAUCAUGUGUUUGCUUCAUCUUCUAUUGGAAACACUUUCCCAAAUAAUUAUAUAUUAAAUUCUUAUGCCAAUUUUUGGUUGAUGUGCCUUAUAAAAAUAGGAACUUCGCGUUUUUUUUUUUUAAUCUUAGUAUUAUGUCAUUUUCUUUAUGAGACCGGAUUAUGACAAAAGUUAUUUUUAUUUUUGUACAAACCAUAUCCUUUUAUAUUUAUUCCUGGUACGAUCGAUCAAAACCAAAACACCUGGCCUUUUUUUCUUCAGAAUAACACACACACACACACAGAAAAGUGAUAUAAAUUUGGGUAACCUCCGUACACCUGAAACCAGUUAUCAUUCCAAAAAAAUAUAUCUCCGAUUUUUUCCCAAAAGGAUAUUAUUAUUUUUUUUGUUGGAAUAAUAUUUCAAAAGUUACUUUGUAAGUAGAUGGUUGCUAACAGUUCAAGACUGCCAUUUGAAGGUUUUUUUCUUUAUUGUUUUUUUUUUAUUUUAUUUUUUUUCAUGCACAUUUGCUUUGUUUCACAUUUUGAGUUGUUUUGUUUCUUUAUUUUUUGUUUUGUUGGUUUUUUUUUUUGUUUCGUGAAUCAGAGUUGUAAAACCCAUCUGAAAUAUUCAUGCAGAAUUGUCUGAGAAGCAGUUUCUGUUUUAUUUACUGCACAGAAGAACAGCCUCAGUGGAUUAGUUCUACAAUACCCAUAACAAAAGCACGACAGCUGAUGCAUGUGAUGUUAGGAGGUGACAAAACGGUUAAAGUAUGCUGUUGGCUAAAGGCAAGCAGUCAGCAGAUGCAGACAAAAGGAUUUGUGACAAGAAUAACUCUCUCUCCAAGCGGAGCAGUCAAGUAUCCAAAAUACCAAUACCCUUUUCUCCUUGACAUUGUCUUCUACUUACUGUCAGCAUUUUACUGUCCUUUUAUAGUAAAGAAAACUAGAUCUCGAAACAUUUCUAGGCCACACCAAUUGAUUAUCAGAGACCCUACUCAGUAUUCCAGCUGUUGUGUCUGCGCGUGAAUUUACAUGUUGGUGAGCCUGAUAAUACGGCAACAUGUAUGCAAAUAGAUAACGUUGUUUGCUUGUGAUAUUAGUUUAAUGAGUUGAUUUUCUUGAUGCACUUUUAUCUUCUUAGAGUCUGCCUAAGCUGAUAAGAACCAAUGAUAUUUAGCACUGUCCUCAAAGGCAGGUUUAUUGACUGAACUCAAACUUUCCUGAAAUUAGUUGUGACUUCGGUUGUGUUGGAGAAUUUUUCUGGAUCAGCUAUUUUGCCUCAAUUUUUCCAUUCGGAUUUAAUUUGCGUAAAUUCAGAGUUUAGUCAAUAACCUUAUCUUUAUAUUUCCUGCCCAUUUAGAAUUUGCUGAUCUAUACAGCCUUGAUUUUAUUUUUAAUGGGUGAGAAAUCCACUUUAAUGUAGGAUAUUUAAAGACUGGUUUGUUAUGAGAGAGUUAGCUCCAGAAGGGGUUAAAGGAACAACGGUAAAUCAUGCAAAUGGGCCUUCGAAAUGUCUGUCAGGAACCUUUGUUGCUCAGCAAUGAAAUGGUUAAUUAAAUGGCUUUUGUCAGAAAGAGAUUGGUAAGAAUUUGUGAUAUCUAUUGUGGGAAAGUGUUUUAAGAACAGAGGUUGUCAUGGCUCCUUUUAGGAAAUGCGUGGGGAAGGAAAAUUAAAAUACAACAGGGAAAAAGUUACAAGUUAAAACUUUUAAUGUGAUCACGAGCAAAGGUAUUCACGAAAUUGGGGAGAAUUGGCAAAGGGAUUGCAAGUUGUAGGCCAAAAUAACUGAAUUAAAAACAUUCUCCAAUUUAGCUAUUUUUCUAACUCAUUUGUGACCUAAAAUCUCAUAUUCUGUUGUUGUUCCUCCACAAUUCUUUGUUUAGUGAAUAAAUCCCAGUAAUAGAAACGAUGAAGAAUUGCUACGUGCAAUAUUAGCAUCCUUCAUUAUUUAUUCCUGCACUCUUUGCUUACCAAACGUGAGCUGGACAUUAUAGGCAUCUCAUUUAAUAUGACUUACAAAUCGUGAUAACAAAUUAUAUUGGCAUAAACAUGUUUGGAAUGUUUAACCACGUUAUUGCCGGCAAAUUUGGAACUGAGAUGGAUGGGUUUUCAGCACCAAGUGGGUUAAGUAAGCUCUUCUCAAUUGGGAAGUCGGCCUGUGACCUGUUAGACGAUAAUGCCUCAAGCAAAAGGCUUAGUGGAUCUAAAAAAGAUAAUAUCAAAACCUGUCUAAACAAUGGCUGCGUUAUUUGAUAAUACCAGAGUGUGGGCUAGCUGACGGCAAACAAACAUGCAUUUAUUUUACAAGUGUUCAAAAUGAGCUUGCUCUUCUUCAGAAAAUAAGAGAGGCUGUCUUCUGUUUAACCUUUGUAAUACCCCGUCCAUUCUCUGUGACAUUCAGUCAGCUGCCAAGAGUGCUUGGCAAAGCGGGGCCAGCGAGCGCGGUUCCAGUGACCGCUAACCUUGGUAUGUCCUGACACUUAUGAUGAGUAUCUGCAACACACAGAAGGCAGGCAGGCUGCUAUGUCAGGCUUUUAUUAUGUACUGCAGAUGCUGGGGACAGUCAGUUUAAUAAAACAAAUCAGCCUUGAAGGUAAAGCAAGUGAGGAGAGAGGAAAAUCUUUGUUGCAUGAUUCAAAUAAUGCAAAAAAAUUUGGAAUUAUAAAUUAAUCAUCCCUGGAGAGAGCUAAAUACUUGGACCCAUUCACGUUCUGGGUUUUUAUUUUUUCUUUGACAUUCCCUACCAUAAAUAAAUAAAAUAAUUACCCCAGAAUUGCAAGGGUACAAUGAAAACCAGAGUAAUCUGAAUUUGCCUUUCCUGGUUAUUAUUGUGUUGUGCUGUUGUGGCAAUUGCACCCUUAUAUUUAUAACAUGUUUUCUUACAUCAAAGUUCUAUUUCAACUAAGGAAGCCAAAUUGUCCUGUGUGUUCCAUAAUUAGCUAGUGUGUUAUUUUCAAAGAGUGGAGGUGUUUUAGAAUGAAACGUCGUAUUUCUUUCACUAUAUACGUUGUCUGUAAGAGAUUUUGCAAACUGACAAGUUGUUAGAAUUGGAAAAUAUUGUUUCUCAUAAAAUUAUUAUUAUUGCCAUUUCUAUAGCACCAACAGAUUCCGUAGCGCUUUACAAUAUUAUGAGAGGGGGGAUUUAACUAUAAAUAGGACGAUUACAAGAAAAUUUACAGGAACGAUAGGUUGAAGAGGACCCUGCUCAAACGAUCUAUAGGAGGUGGGGUAUAAAACACAUUAGGACAGGAAAUAGCAAUCAAAUAAGGUGGGAGUGAAGCAGAGCUGGAGGAGAGAGUAAAGUGCUGCCCUUUAGGAGAGAGCAAGAGACAGGUAUGUGAGGUAGAGGAUACUCUGGGGUGCCAAAAGCUUUCCUAAAGAGAUUGGUUUUAAGGCACUUCUUAAAUGAUUGACGACUAUGGGAGAGUCUGAUGGCGGUAGGCAGGCUAUUCCAUAGGAAGGGUACCCAGAAGCAACCUAAAGAAGAUGUUUAGACUUUAAGAUGUCAUUUUGUCCUAGGUUAAUAUGACACCAAGUCAGGGACUUGUAUACAUCAUGUUCAACCUUACGUUUUAGUACAAACAAAGAUUAAGAUUUCUAAGUCAUGACAGCAGACUGAUCAAGAUGUUUUUCUUGAAACGAACAAAUCAAGGCUAUGCCAUUUAAUGGUCAUGUUCUCAUCUCUCUGCCAAGCUAAGGUAGAUUAAGUUUGUUUUUCUGUUUUCCUGACAUGACCUAAUUGAAGAUCCAGGGUAUAACCUCUUAAGGACACAUGACGGAAAUAUUCCGUCAUGAUUCCCUUUUAUUCCAGAGGUUGUGUCCUUAAGGGGUUAAAUAUGUGUACUUAGAGACAGAGGGGAGAAUUUGGAAGCAGAGAUGCUGCUGCAUUUUACAAGACUGAGAGGUUGAUUUGUACAACAGGGUAUGUUAUUCAAUUUUACUGAUAUUGCAAGCAUAUACUUUACACUUGCAAACUCUGCAGUAUAUUAUUAUAAUGGAUUAUUUAAAUGUUUGUAUAUAUCUAUAUUUCUGUAUAUUCAAUGAAAUUUGUUAAAAGACAAAACAUUAUGGCUUCCAAAACAAUCCUUAUGUUUAAACUGACACUAUAGUCACCAACUUAAGCUUAAUGAAACAGUUUUGGUGUAUAGAUCAUGCCCCUGCAUUCUCACUACUCAAUUCUCUGCCAUUUAGGAGUUAAAUCACUUUGUUUGUGAACCCUAGUCACACCUCCCUGCAUGUGACUUGCACAGCCUUCCUAAACACUUCCUGUAAAGAGUAAUCUACAUUUUAUCCUUCCUUUAUUGCAAGCUCUGUUUAUUUUAGAUGUUCUUAUCCCCUGCUAUGUUAAUAGCUUGCUAGACCCUGCAAGAGCCUUGUUUAUGUGAUUAAAGUUCAAUUUACAGAGAAAGAGAUACAAUUGUUUAAGGUAAAUUACAUCUGAUUAAAAGUGAAACCAGUUGUUUUCAUGCAGGCUGUGUCAAUCAGAGUCAAGGGAGGUGUGACAAGGGCUGCAUAAACAGAAACAAAGUGAUUUAACUCCUAAAUGUCAACGAAUUGAGCAGUAAAACCUGAGAGGCAUGAUCUAUACACAUAAACUGCUUCAUUAAGCUAAAGUGGUUUAGGUGACUAUAGUGUUCCUUUAAUUGUAUUCUCAAUUAUUUAUAUAUUUUAAAUAGAGAAACUCUUACCAACUAUAUAAUAUUACUAAUGAGUAUGGUCAGCCCUGAUAAAUUUUAUGCAUUAAUACUUUAUAGUGUUAAUUAGGGGUACGAGCGGUUACACUAGUACUGUAACUUAGCUCCCCUCGUGCCAAAGUGAGUGAAAAACAAACAGUCUUAUUCACUAAAGGGAGAAUUCAAAGUUAAUUUCAAAUGUAUGGUUAAAAUACGCAAACAGGAAACUGUGCUUACAAUUCGGCUAUACUGACCUUACAUUUCAAAUUCAGUUUGAAUUUUCAUUUUAGUAAAUAAGCCUCAUAUUUUUUUUUUUUUUAUGGAUACAUUUUGGUCAAAAAAGUGAGUUGAAAAAAAAUCUCCAGUUCACGCUAGUUUGAGAUAAUUUUUCAACUCAAGAUUUGCAACUUGGUUCUAAAUGUGCCACAAAUCACUGUUUAGUUAAUAAACACUUAAGACGAGAGUGAGCAACUUGUAAAGUCAUCCUCUGGGUAGGAAUAAUUGAUGUUGCUAGUCCCUGGCAGCUUUAGGUGUCAUAGGUUGUUCAUUUGUGCUUUAAGACAUCACUGGGAAGCUUCACAACCUUCGGCACUCCAGAUGUUGUGGUCUACAUUUUCCACAAUCCUCUUGCAGCCAUAAUGCUGGCAAGGCAUCAGGGGAGAUGUAGUCCCAAAAAUCUGGAGUGCUGAACGUUGCCUACCCCUACUGUAGGGUACAAUGUUAUACAAAAGCUAUUUGGCUGUUUUAGACCAUGCAAUUAAAAUUAUGCUUUACGAUGGACCUGGGAUUGCAGAACAUACCUUUUGCCCUUUUUGCAGACCACAGCUGCCUUUGGGGUGAUUGUUUUCUUGCCUUAGGCAAACAGACCAGAAAAUGCACAUGAACAACAACAUUGCGCUCAUGUUCAUAUUUAAUAAAUAUUCAUAUUUAAUAGCCAUUCAUAAACAAUUCCCUGAUGCUGGGAACAUUUCUAAAGUCCAAAUACUCGUCACAUAAUUACAUACAUAACAAUCUGUGUGUGAAAAAAUAAUCACACCGCCGUAAAUGCCUAAUCAAAGAGAACAACAACUAUAUUCCGAUUAAAAGAGCCUUAGUUCAGGGUUUCUCUCUGACAAACAUUAGAAAGGUGAUCUUUUAUCUGUACUUGUCUGAAACCCUGAAAACGGAAUUCUAACAGAAAUCAGAUCUUUUACAGUUUUAACUUCCUUCCCUACUCCUUUUUUCUCCGUUUUCAAAGAUGAACAUAUGUCAUUAAAUAUCUCUAUAAAUAGUUACUUUAAACGCAUAUGACAAUAGAUGUCUGCCAUAAUUAGAAUAUGCAGGUGUCUGGUAAGCCCUCUUCUUGCUAGGGAGAACAGUCUCAAUCCUCUUUGAAGAAUCAUGGACUUGAAACUAAAAACUUUAUUAAUGCCAUUGUCUCCUUGUAUCAGCAGGUUCCGGAGAGAUUCUUGGAAGUGGCUCAGAUCACAUUACGAGAGUUUUUCAAUGCCAUUAUCGCAGGCAAAGAUGUUGAUCCUUCCUGGAAGAAGGCCAUAUACAAGGUCAUCUGCAAGUUGGACAGCGAAGUCCCUGAAAUCUUUCGAUCCCCAAACUGCCUACAGGAGCUACUUCACGAGUAGACGAUACAAUUGCUGGAUCUGAAUGUACAAAACUGACAUUUGCCCCUUAAAUGCCCCAAAUCUGUGAGUGUGCGUGAUUUAAACUGUACAUCCAUGUGUAUACAUAUAUGCUAUGCACAUGUGUUAUUCUGGAAACUCACGUAUUUAUUUUAUGUUCUUUACCCAUUCUUACAAGAGAAUAGCAUUACUGCAUCAGCUUCCACUAAAAUGCCUACUGAAUGCCCUAAAGUCACAAACCACGAAUGGAGAAGUAUUUUUCAGGGUGCCGAGGGUAUAACGUGUACAGAAUUAUUAGGGCAUUUUUCAAUGUUAUGUGAUGGAGAACAGAGUGACCUUUGUACUUUUACUUGUGUUAGACUGCUUUCCUAAUAAUCAUUUCAUUAAAACCACUUGAUUUAUUUAUAAAAUGUAACGAGCUACGAACUCCCAAGCACUUCUGAGUAAUUCACAUUUCCUCUGCAACUUAAUGUGCCCUAGAUACACCAACAACAAAACACAAUGGUGCGCAUGUAGUACAAUUCAAAUAAUUCUGAGUGCCCAGUUGCUUUAAUAUUAUGGAGAGAAAAAAAUUGUGUCUGUUUAAAGAUACUUUUUUUUUUUUUUUUUAAAUCCUUAAAAGUGGUAGAAUGCUCGAAUGCCCAAACACUUAGGAUAGACAACACCUUGUGGUGAGUUUGCUAUCUUCAAAUUAACCCUUUGAAUUUUGAGCUUGGUGUGAAACAUGAAUGCCGCAAUCAUUUGGCAUUGAAACUGUUAAAUAAGCCAAAAUGUCUAUCCUGGAUGGCAUGAAAGCAUUAUAGAAUAAUUUAACUUGUUUCAGUAAAUGGCACAAUACAUAGUUUAUAGUGGAUAUAGCUCAACAGUUAAAUAUUUGUGAAAUCAAGCACAGAUAAUGUGUAUAUACAUAUAUAUAAAUGUGUAUACACUUUUUUGCCUUUCCAUUCUACAAAGAAGAUCAGUUUUCAAACAUACACUUUGUAGUUAAUUCUAACGGUGGGAAAAAAAAGCACAGAACAGGAAGAUUUCCCAUGUAGGAAUAUUAAAUGCCAGUAAGUUCCAACUGGAACAUCAGUCUGUUUGAGAUAAAGGUUGCACAAAAACUGAUGCAUCCUUCCUGCACGAGAACAGAUGAUGCACACAAAAAAAGACUAACCCUUUCAGUGCCAGGGAGAACUUGUACUGUGCACUGUAGGUCACUACAUCUCUGGAACCUGUUUUAAUUUUUAAACUGAAGGAGGACUUAUUUUGCUGCUAGCCCCUGGAGCAGUACUGGGGGUGUAUAGAAAAUUGUUUAUAGUUGUUUAUAUGCUCAUAGAAAAUCCUAUUUAGGUAAACCAUUAGAAUCAAAGAAUGUUGGUUCCCAUUAUUUGAUCACAGAGCCUCUAGAAUUGCUGGCACUGGUUGAACGUUUUUGUAAAAGACCAUCUUGUUAUGUUAUUAUUACAACAUACCGCAAAAGGAUAUUAUUUUAAUGUUUGUGAUGAGUAGCCUAACACCCUAUAUGUGCGUGAACUACAUUUAUCCUAGUUCUAGGCCACUUUAAAAGCUGGUUCGGUGUAAUAGGAAGUGCAGUUCAUGAACAUCACAAUCAUACUGGGUGCUAUGGUUAGAUAUCACUGAUAUAUACACAUAUACAUAUAUAUAGGUUUGUUUUUUUGGUUUGUUUUAUAUUCAGAACUGUAGAUGUGUUAUGACACUACACAGUUUAAGUCAAAUAUGUUCAGCGAUAUUAAAGUGUAUUCACUAAACUGGCAAUUGUCGAGUAUUAAUAAGGAAAAUCCAAAUUUAAGAUAAGAAUUUGAGCUUCAGAAAUAGUUGACUUUUUUUUCUGAAGUUGUUAUAAAAUGUGAAGUUACCAUGUAAAUUCUCUUGAACUCCAAGUUUAGUGAAUAAACCCUUGUUAUAUUAACACGUAAAGACCAGCUUUAAUUCUUUCGAGGUCCUCAACAGCUCUUAGUUAUUUGAUUUUGUAGCUCUUAAAACACUACUUUAUAUAUAGACCAUUACUUGACAUGUUGACUGUUUUCCUUGAGUGACAUAAGAUGUUUCCCCCGAAAUAGAAGCAAUUUUUAAUAUUAACAACUACAUCACAUCCAUCAUCUGUAUGGAUUAUUAAGUGGGGGGAAAUAUUUCUAUUUGUUAUUAAAAGAAGUGCUCUAGAUUGCAUUAUACUGCAUAUUACAUUUGAGAAAACCUUAAGGUGUGUUGGACUAUACAAAGUGCAUUUGGUGUGUGUAUAUAUAUAUAUAUGCAUAUGGUAAUUUCAUAAGAAACUCUGUAAGGUAUGGCUGAAUCGUGUGAAUACAAUGUUUCAGCAGAUCUUGUAAAAUUUGCUAGUUUUAUAUUAUAGCACAAUACAAUAUUUCAGAAAAAAAUAGAUUUUUUUUUAAAAAGAAAAACCUUAUUAAAGAGUAAACAGUUCUAUUUCAAAUACAUGCAUUUCUGUAUUGCAUUUUGCAACAAAGAUUAAUAAAAAAAAGUUUAGUGUACCAAUGUCAAGUUUAAUUAUAUAAAUUGUAGCACCUUUCCAAAGUAUCCUAUUUACUACUUUGGGGCCAAAUCACUGAAUUGGAAAUCAUUUUCUACUGAACAGAUUCUCAACAGAUUUUUUUUUUUAUUAUUAUUAUUAUUAUUAUUAUUACUUUUAUUUUAUUUUUUUCCAGCUGUAGAGUUUGGGUUUAAUUUGAGUUUUGAUUGACUGUUUAUAGGGCAGACCCCUCUGUGUGACAAUGUGAAUAUUAAAGUAUAUCAGCAACUAAUUAGCCAGGGCUUAGAUAGUUAAUCACAAUAAGACACAGAAAAAUCAAUAACAUAGAUUUGUUUUUGCAGAUCAUCUAAAAAAGUCAUAAUCUGCAGCAAUUUAUAUAUCUCCUGUGAACGCCUUAAAAUCUGCAAUGCCAAAUUUCGGCGUUACUUUCGCCAUUUGUGUUCAGAAAAGCAGUCAGUUUUCUCUUCGUUAAUACCUUAUCAUUCUUGGUUCCUUUGGUAGCAAACGUGUCAAGGAUGUUAUCACAACUAAUGCUAGAUAAACCGGCACAACUUUACGUUUACAGUCCUCUAAACUGAGCAAAAAAUAAAACAAAUUACCAACAAUUCAUUGUCUGCAAUAUUCAAUUUAGAGAUAUUAUUUAUAACAUAAAUUAUUGAUAUUUGAUCAGAUGUUAACACAAGGAUCACCCUGCUUGUACCCAAGUGAUGUGGUAUUGAGGCUGAGGAUGCAGUUCUAUUACGAGCAUAAAACAAUCUAAUGCAAGUUAAGCAGCUGCUAUGUUUUAUUCUUAGCUUGUUUAGCAUCUAACUGUUUUAUUUUAAUGCACUGCUGCACUCCAGCAUCUUGCUUUUUUUGUGUUAAUGAGAAGCUGUAGUAAGAAAUGUUUUGCCAUAUAAUCACUAUCAAAGCAAAUUUUAAAAACAGUUAGAGUGAAAGCAGUUGGCUCAGAGAAUAUUUCCAAAAUAGCUAUUUGUGUCUAAAAUCUUCAAUUCACUUUGAAUUCUCAGCAGUUCACACUUUAGUAAAAAAAAAAAAAAAACCCUGUCAGUUUCUGUGACUUAAAGAGAGCUAGUUCUGCUACUUCUUAAUAGUUACAUUGUAUCUUAAUUCAGUUUAGUUGUUUAAUUUCAGUGGUGGAAACCUACAGUUAACGUAAGAUGUAGUCCUAUCCAACUGUAACUUAAACUAAUUAUUGGUUCCCUGAUUUGUGGUAUGUGGAACAUAUAUCUUAAAGGGACACUGUAGACACCAUAACCAUUUCAUCUGAUUGGAUUGGUUAUAGUACCCUGCGUCCCCUGGCACUAUCCCUCCAUUCAGGGGUAAUCCAUUUUCAAGUAGUUCGACACUGAAUGGGGCUCCAUAGCCUCUCACAACUCCACACCCACUGUAGUUGUGGCUAAAGCAGAGAUGACACACUUCCUUUUAGGCCACCUAUUUAUACCCAAAUGGGCACUAUGAUAGGCUGAAGCACUUAUGUGACACUCUCAGCCAAUCACAGAUGCCCAUUGCUGCCGAGGCUAAUGCUUCCCCUAUCUGAUAGGAACUCUCGUAUAGCAUUCAAAUAUUAAAAACGCUUUAACGCUGCAUGGACAGAUGGUGCCAGAGGACGCCAGACGCUUCUAUAAGAUUAAGCAAUUACAGAGCCUACAGUCUUCCUUUAACUGUAGAAAGUAACUUGCCGUUUACCUAUGGUUUUAUUUUAAUUGUACGUUUUCUGUCACUGCCUGCUGUGGUAGCCACUGGGAAUAGCUCAAUAAAAUCUAAGUCGUGUCUUUUUUUUCAAAGGUUUAAUUUACUAAUUCAGGGGAAGACAACCUUAGGCACUCCAGAAGUUGUAGACUACGUGUCCUCUAAUGCUGAUGCAGCAUUAUGGAUGUAAGACCAUUAUGGUAGAUGUAGUUCACAACAUCUGCAGUGCCAAAGGUUGCCUACCCCUGUACUAAAGAGUGAGUUGUAAAGAAUUGCCAGGAAUUGUAGGCCGAAAUAUUAAAACUGAAAACAUGGAGAAUUUUUCCAGUUAGCUAUUUUGAGAUAAAAUUUUAGAUUUAUUUUGAAUUCUUGGCAGUUCACAAUUGAGCAAAAUAAUUUUGUGUGAGAGGGUGAAUAGAGACCCCUUACGAUAUGUGACUUCAUUUGAAGGUGUUGCGGAAUAUGUCAGUGAUCAAUUUGAUUGUUGUAAUGUCUAUUUAAAAAGCCAUUAUGAAAUCCCGAAUUGUGGGUUAAGCAACUUUAUACAGGAUAUACUUGCAACUGAAAGAGUGUGUCAGGAGUUGUAGGAGUUGAAUUGUCACCCCGUGUGGAUAGGAUAAAGAUAGCCUAACACAUCCUUUUCAAUGUCUGGUCUAUUUUGUAUGUAGUGUAGUGUAAAGAAAACUAGUUUAAAGAAAAACAAAUCAGAGAGUAAAAUUAUUUUAUUAAGAAAAUUCAUAGCUUGAGAGUUACAUUUUAAACGGAAGCACUUUAACACAAUCAUUGUACACUAUGAAAAGUUAAUCACUCGAUAGUGUUUAGUAACAAUGAACGACUGAUACAUUAUUACAAACCAACCUUUAAAUAUUCUAUAGGAAAAUGGAAUGUCCCACUCAAAUAAAAAAAAAAAUGCAGGGCUGUAUAGAGUUGUAAUGGCAAAAUUAUCAGGACGCAAUUAAAUAACAUCAUAGAUUCAUUAGUGACUAAAUAGUAAUCCUUUAUGUGGUGUGCUGUGGUAUAUGUUAUCCGGUAAAGGUAUCCCCUGUUCCCUUAAGGACACAACUUUUGGAAUUAAAUGGAAUUGUGGCGGAAUAUUUCCGUCAUGUGCCCUUAAGGGGUUAAUAAUAUUAUCACUUCCCAUUUUGACUUUGAAGAGUGAAAAGGUAUCUAUGUCACUCCAGAGCUAACCUGAUCUUUAUUAUUUCACUUCAUUUACGACAAAUUUUGCUGAGGGAUACAAAUGUAUGCAAGUUAUUAUUGUCAGCAGAGUGCCUUAAAAAAAAACCUGCUGACUUUAUAUUAUCCCGGAUGAAUCUGUGAUGCCCUGUCAUUAUUUUCUAUGGCUGACAGUGGAUGUACACUUUAGUAACACAAAAUCACAGUGUAUAGAGAUAAUUGUUAUUAUUUUGUUAAAGGGGGACUCUAGGCACCAUAACCACUUUAUUACAUUGGUGUUAGGACACUCCAACCACUUCAAUUACAUAAAGUGUUUAUGGUGCCUAGAGUCUUCUCUUAAACAAGGAAAAGUGUAUUUUUAACGGUGCCUGCAGAGCCAGAUUAAUUGUUCAGUUAGGCACUGGAGACACAGACAAGGCUUGCUUUAUCAGUACUGCUCAGUUAUGGCAGACAGGAAGUGAUGUAAUAGUGACCUGUCUUGUGAAAAAUGAAUCACCAAGACUUUAGCCUUGGCAAUUAAUGAUUUACUAACAAUUUACUUAACCUCUUAAAAACUCCAUAGCUGGAAAUAGCAGCCAUUGCCCCUAUCUUUGUGGUGCUUUACUGCUUAAACAAAAAAAAUACAACAAAUCAUUAAAUAGCUAUGUCAUUCUCAACAAAAACUUAGAAAGAUUACAUUGUAUCUCUCUAUAUGAACUGUAACUCUUAGACUGUUCUCAUGAAAAGUUAAAAUACGGCCUAAUAACAGCAGUUAAAUGUGUGUCUACCUUAUUUAAUGGUGAGUUCACUAAACUGUGAUUUGUAGUGAGCUUACAAACAGCGAUCUCUGACUUUUAACCUAUAAUGUAAAAUUCAGGCUGAAUACCUGAAAAUUCGUACUACAAUGAAUAAGUUGACAAUCUAAGAACUUUGCGUGUGAUAUAAUAAAUUCAGGUUAGAUCACAUGUCAAUAACUGCUUUACAUUAUGAAUAUGUUCAGGUUCACAAAGUGAUAUGUCCCAUUAAGUGCUCUGAGCCCAAUGCUUACUCAUGAUAUAUUAACAAAUUUUCAACAUUAUAUUUACAUUGGUGUAACAUAAAAUAGCUUCUUUGCAGCUAAAUACAGUACUAACUUUUUAUCAUACAGUAAAUCUCUAAGACUUUAAUAUUUAACACAUAUUUUACUCAUCAGUAUCCAUCAGUACUUUUGAAUAUGUAGACCUAUAGAUAACCAAGAAUGUCAUAUUUUUAAAUAGCUAUGGUUUCCAUAGUUACGUGCCUAUAGAUAACACCAGCAGAACCCCUUUAAAAAAUACUUAAUGCCCCUUCCAUUUGCAGUUCUUUAUGUGCCUAAUGGGGCCUACCAUGUCAUCUUAUGGACUUCAGUUUGUUCAGCGUCAAUAAACACUAGAGUUUUUUCUGGCUGUUUGGUAUAUAGCUCUGCAUAUGUUGUGUCUUUUUAUUCAUAUAGAUAGGUCGGUUUUUUUAAACUAGAGACAAUUUUUAGAAUAGUCUGAAAGUGGACCUUUAUACUACCCUUCGCUAUGGACAACAGUUACGUUUCCAACCAUCAGGGAGCGACUGUAUUGCAAUUCUAUUUUUUACAUUUUUUCAUAUUUGAAGGACGUAGAACAAUUGCAAUAGUGCUAAUGCAAUGUAUAUUGUGUAUACACAUGUAUUUUAAUAUACAUAUAUGUAUACAAACAAGGUUGAAAAAUUAUGUUAGGAAGACCACAAAUCAUACUCUAUCUGGGUUUUAUUCUCUAAACAAGGAGCUGUGGAAGAUAACCUGUGAAUUGGAUCAAAAACCACUUUCAGGUGCGAUAAUUUAGCAAAAUAGUGGUAAAGUCAGUUUAGUAAAUAAACCCCUGGAAUUUUCUUAUGGAUAAACUAUUUUCUGUCUUUCAUAAAUAUGUAUAUGUGUAUAUUCACUGCCACAUACAUGCAACUUUCUGUACUUGUGUGGCACAUAACUUUAGUAAACACUAAAAAACAAUUUUUGACGUAUUACAAUUGUUAAAAGAAAAAUAAUUCAAAACUGCUGUGCAUUUCAUUGUUACUGUAUCUCCAGUUGUGUAUAGAGAUAUAUUCCCAAGUAUUGGUGAAUAUGUAAAAAAAUAAAAUAAAGAAUUUAGAAUGUUAUUAUUUAAAGGAAGUGUUAACCCCUGUAUUCUCAAGGUUUUUAUUUAAUUUUUAAAAAGAUUUUGGUUGAUAUACCUGGUGUGUGGAUGGGUAUACAACAUAGAGGGGAACUUUUAUAAAGCAAUGUAAAUAUUUGAUCAUGUAGUUUAAAAAGUGAAUUGGUAAUAAAUACAUUAAAAUUAUUAAGUCUGUAUAAAAUUAAAUGGCAAGUAAAUGCAGAACUGUAUAAAUGCGUCACUGAGAAUGCUGCAUUUUACAUUUUGAAAAGCAACACAUUCAACGUGCAUAAAUAGCAAGUGUACAAUUACGUUUUUCUGUGUAUAUAGGGAAAUAUAAGUUAAAUGUUUUAUAUGGUAUAGAGUAAUUCAUUUGGGGACCUGUACAGACUCUGCUGAUUUUUCUUACAGGCUCCUCAGUUAACAAAGCAGUUAAAAAAAAAAAAAGCCAGAAAAAAAAAAUUAUAAUUUGUUUAAAAAAAAAAAAAAAAAAGAUUAUCACCAGCAUUAAUAAAUACAUUAAACAGAAAGAGGUUUAUUAAGCUCUCAAAAAAACUAUCCAUGAAUAGAUGACUUUAAAAACCUAUUUGAUACAUGUAUAAUAUGUUCUAUAUAUAAAAUUCAUUGUGAGCCUAUUGCCUAUAUGUUUUCUUUCUGCUCUCAGAUGUAUAUUUAGAUUUCUCCGUUGGACAUUGUUUUCAAAAAGCUCCCCUUAAAUUAAACUAACUGCAUUUUUUUUUAAGAAGCAGUUGUUGUAUUGCACUUAACAUAAUCUCAUGUGAUUUUUUUUUUUCCCAAUGAAAUGCCUGGUUGUAAA